GCAUCUCCUUACGAUGUUCCACUGCCUUAUGGAUCAGACCUUCAAGUCGAAGUCUCCGGGUGUGGCCCCCUAAGAAAACCACCUGCUUCGGUUUGGGAACCCGGGCAGUAUCACAACCCUCACACAAAUCGAAUGAUUUAUGUGACGCGUAUCUAUUUGGUUCCUCCUUGUACCAAUAUCUAUGUGUUAAAAUAAAUAAAUAAAUCUCAUAAUGUGAAUGAUGUGCAAAUGUAUAAGUGUAGAGGUAACUACUGUCUAAUAAAUUGCAAUAUCUAGCAUUUUCUCGUUUAUUUGAUGCUAUGUACAUAUCUUUUAUGAACACAUCCUUGUAACUCAUCACAAAUUACCAAAUGUAAAAGACAAUUAAAUUAAAGUUUUUAGUAUUCGACUAAAUCUUCAAUGAAAAUUAUAUUCUUACAUGUAUCAUUCAUUCAAUAAAUGGAUAGAGAAAUGAUCUCGAAGGAUUUUCAAACAUUUCUUGACCAAUCACAAAGCAUACUUUGUUAAUGGAUAAUUUAUAGAGAAGAAUAUAUUAUUAUUAUUACAGGAAUUUUAUAUAUUUAAUAAAUCGAUUAAAAGUUUUCUAACAGGUUAAUCAGCUUGGAGAUUAAAUAAAAUCAACUACAUAGAAAUAUGUCCUGACGGAUAUUUUUAUUGAUCAUCAUAAGUGAUAUUUGGAUUUUGUGUAAUACUGUAAAAGUCACAUUCUUGAUUUUGGUUUGUUCAUCCCUAUACUGUACAUUAACCUCAACAUAGAUGUAGUUAGUUUCUUUUCUAGAAUAGUUGAUAGAUUGGCAAACUUGAAUUAGUUUUGAUAUAUUCAAAGCGUUUAUAACUUCUGCCAUGAUUAGUGUCUUUUUUUUUUGUUGUUGGAUGGAACUAAUUAAAGAAUUGUCGAAUAGUUUCCUCCAUAGCUUUUGAUUCAAAAAUCAUGUCCCCACUAGGAUUAGCUUCAAAAUAAGAUUCCCAGAUUUUUAGUAUGAAGCUGUGGCCAGUGCAGUUGAAUCGUGUUGGCUAUGAGGAAGGUAAACAAUUAAUAAACCGUACAAACUGUCACAUUCUUAAACAUUUAAUUAGGAGUAUAGGGGUUGUGAAGAUUAUGAAGUUUUUGAUUGAGAUCGUGAACCGAUUGAUGUUAGACCAACGUUGGAAACCUGGAAGCACUGGACGACCGCUUCGUCCCAUUUUGGGACUCCUCAGCAGUAUGUAUCCGCGAUCUUGCUCGCGAUAUUCCAACGCAGGGCCGUCCAGUGCUUCCAGGUUUUCAAUGGUGGUUUAACAUCAAUCGGCUCAUGAUCUCAAUCAAAAACUUAGUAAUCUCCACAACCCCUAUACUGAUAAUUAACAUCUGCUCACCAAUGACUAGCUUCGUGAGGGAAUUCUCGGAGUUCUAGUGAGAAGCCGUGACCAAUGGAGCUAAUCCGUGUCGGGUAGAGACAGGUUUCUACCUCAGUACAAUGGAAGAUGGUUGCUCAAUUAAUUAGGACUUCAAGAAGGAUAGUUGAGUGAAGUAAGCAAAAUACAAGGUUGUAAAACAUAAAAAUUUGUAGAUAUCAUUAUGUACAUGACUAAGAUGUGUUAUAGAUUAGAAUCAACAUACAUGAAUCAUGAAAGAUGAUAUGGCAAGACAGGGCUUACAAUUAAGGCUGUGUAAGAAUAUCAUAAAAUAAAUAUUUAGAAACAGUCAUCAAAAGUAUAUCAGUGAAUUCAUCAAAGAGAAAAGCUAUUGAAUUUCUCAUAGAAACCUCUUAAAGUUUAUGUACAAUAGAUAGGGUAUGACUAGCAGUGGAAUCCGAGAUGUGCGUUUUGUCCUAUUUAAGACCCAUCAGCUGAAUGUAUCUACAUUCCGGAAUUGGUGUUUUGAUCUUCACUUCCCGAUCCGAACUCAGUAAAUAUCUCUCCAAACGCUCAACGCAUUAUCCACUUGGCUACUGAGUCUAAACAGUCAUUCACUUAUGCUAGCGAGUCCUUUACCCAGGAUUCUACUGCUAGCCACAACCCACCUCAAGAUUUUUGACAAAUCGAUUAUAUUGAGUCAUUUCUCACAAGGUGCACAUUUGCCAACUAAGACUGAUCAAAAUUCAGUCGCCCCUAAAUCCCCUGUUACGACUGAGGGUGGGGAGAGUCAGCUCUACCUCUCGAAAUCCUCUCACAUGGUCACGGGUAUACAGCCAUUGACAGGGAAGUUCUACUCAUUGCCUUCUCUCACCAUAAAUGUUGUUUACGAGAUUAACAGGACGAAAAGCGAAUGCCUGAUGCUUUAACCGGGUUGGUGAAUAUGGAGGAUCCACCUAGGAAAGUUGGGAAACCCUGAUUCCAAACCAAUGGUUCACAUGGGCUCCAGUAUCCUGAAUUAACAAAUGGCGUAUGAUUACCGACUACCAUGGGACUACAUCUUCUUACGUUGAUAAACUGCUUUGUGGAUCGAACCUUUAGAUCAAAGGCUCGUGGUGUGGCUCCUUAAGAAAACCACCUGCUUCGGUCUGGGCACCCGGAUAGUAUCACAGCCCAUUCAUAGAUCAAGUGACUUUUGUGGUGCAUAUGUAUUUGGUGCCUUUUUGUAUCAAUAUGUAUGUGUCCAAUUAAAUAAUAAUAAUAGUAAUAAUAGUAAAUUAAAACGAGAUAUUUCAAAAAGCCCUACAAAUUAAAUUUAUCACCAUAGCGUUGUAGAGGAGUCCCAUACUAGGAGUUAAUGACCGUCCAAGUUUUCAACGAUAGUCUAACAAUGAUCAGUUCGUGAUCUCAACAAAAAUUAAAUUUAGUUACUUAUUACUAUUAUUUACAUUGUUCAAAUUAAUUAACUAACUCACUAAACACUAGUGUUUGUGUUCAAUUAUACAUAUUGCCUUAAUUAUUUAUUUCACCAAUCUUUCCCUUCAUACAUACAACAUUAUAACGUACACAAUAAAGGCUUAAUAAACAAAUCAGUUCUCUACCCAUAUGUCUAUCUAUACUUUCAUAUUUUUUAUUUGUUUAACAUAAAAAAUUGUCACGUUCGAUUGUAAUUACAGUAGGCUUAUUUUUUAAAUGGGUAUAUUUUAUUUAAGUUUUCUUGUAUUUGCUACUAUGGAACAUAAAUAAUAUUUGAAGAGUUAAUCAAUUCAUUCAACAACAACAACAACAACAACAACAACAAAAUUAUUAUUACCCACUCAAGAAAUAAUGAAUUAGUCAAUUACCGAAUACAUUUUAUGUCUUAAAGAUAUUGGUUAAUUUCAAUGGUUGAGAUCAUGAGUCAAUUGAAACUAGACUACCACGGAAAAUCUGAAAGCACUGGAUAGCCGUUUCAUCCUACUGUGGGACUCCUCCUUGGCAGUGCACAUCCACGGUCUCGCCUUGUGAGAUUCGAACACAGGACCUAUCAGUUUCGCACGCGACCGCUUUACCACUAGACCACUGAACCAGUCGGCAUCCAACGGUGUUAAUGUCUAACUUCAACCAAUCCACGAAAUUGAGCCACACAUCCACCAAUAUCUUCAGUGAGUUACUAUCUCACAACAGACCUGGUUGAACUCCACUGAUCACUACUUCUCACUAGAACUUCAGGAAAUAACUCUUGGAGACAGUCACCAGUGAGCAUGUGAUCAUUAAUAUGAGAAGGGUGGUUUUGUGGAUAUUAUAUUAGUUUUAGGGGUCGAAAUCAUGGUUAACGGUUUAAUUAUUCGUGUCUAAAACGAUUCUUUGUAUUUUUCAAUCUAAUGUUUAGAUUUCCAUUGAUAUUCCUAUUGUUUCCUUAACUAUCUCUCGUUAUAUUGAUAUGAUAUGCAGAUAACUUAUGUUAUUUCUAUUUAUGUAAACACAUAAACAUUAGUACAAGGAGGCACCAGAUAGAUAAAUCAUUCGAUUUGUAUGAGGGCUUGGAUACUGCCCAGGUGCCCAAACCGAAGCAGGAGGUUUUCUUAGGAGGCCACACCGGGAGCCUUCGACCUGAAGAUCUGAUCCACAAGGCAGUGGAGGAACGUAAGGACAUUCAGUCCCAUGAUAGCCGGUGACCAAUAAUUGGUUCAUAUGCCAUUUGUUCCUUCAGGAUCCUGGGGCCCAUAUGGACUAUUGGUUUGGAAUGAGGUUCUCCAACUCCCCUAGGUAGAUGCUCCAUAUCCACCAACCGGGUUAAAGGACCGGACAUUGGCUUUCUGUUCUGUCGAUUUCGUAAACAACAGUAAUACCACGAGAAGGCAGUGAAUAGGACUUCCCAGGCAGAUGCUAUAUAUGCGUGGGCAUGUGAGGGGAUUUCGAGAGGUAGGGCUGACUCUAUCCACUCUCUGCCGUACCAGGGCAUUUGGGGACAGAUUACUUGGACCUAUGGAAAUUUGUUCAAUGUCUUUGUUGACUAUAACUGUAUAAGACUCAGCAGAGGACACUAAAGAAUAAACUAACUACCAUAGAUUUUUAAAUUUUCAAGUCUAUAUAGUUUCGCGGUGGAAAUAAACAAAUUUUCUUGUCUAGUUAUUUAGGUCCAUGAGAUUGAACUGCAAUACAGGAUAGCAGUUGUAUUGAUCUAGUCUGAGUACUGAUUAGCUCGUCUAGUUUGUCUUUCUAGUACCAAUGGCACGAUUAAUGUGAGAUAACAGCCGAGAAUAACAUUAAACGACCAUUAGUCCAGAAUUCAGUUUCCCACUCUCACUCGCCUUAUAGCGAGAAUAGAGAAUAAUUCAACAACCAAACAACCUCUAAGUAUACAGUUCAAAUUUUUGAAUCACUCAUACCAUAAAAUGGGGUAAAAUUCCAACCACAUAUUAACAUAAUUAAGAAAUUACAAUGUGGGUAAAGCCACGCCGUAAGAAGAAGAGGACUAAGUGAUGGGUGCUUAGUAAAUUAACAGUAACAAAAUCUUACAAAUAGGGGAAUACAAAAAAUGCAGAAGUAUUUAAUAAUUGUACAAUAAAAAUAUAAACAAUAACCUCAGACAGGAUUGUCCCAAAACUUCAUAUUUGCUUGAUAUUUAUCUUGACAUAUCACCAUAGUUAAUUAUUUCCCGUCGUGGAUUUGAAUAAAAUCCCUUCCUCCUCAGAGGAUAAGGUCAGUUGAGGCAAUCUCUUAUCUUAUGCUCUCUUCAGUCAUUAUCCUAUUCGGAAAUUCAUUCAUUAUCUUUCCCUAUCCAAAUGAUAAUCUAGUAUUCGUCCGAUUUUGAUGAAAAACUCUCCAUCGGUGUAUAUUGCUGAUGUAGAUAUUGACUAAAUUUUGUUUCACUUAUCAUAGAUGUUUACUCGACGUUUCAUACCUGUAGGAGCGGUCAAAGAAAACCAACAAUUGAAUUGACAGUAAAAAUGGUAUUUCUAAUUGUCUUACUAACAAUACCUUAUUUUUUUAGAUAUGUUUUUCGUUAAUUGCCUUGCGUUUUGAACUGUUGUAUCCGUUUCUGUUUUGUUGUAACCACUUCUCACCAGUAAUCAUGUGUUUCUGUUUACUCGAAGAGUUAGAUUUUUAUUUUAUUGAAAUUAUAAACUAAUCUAGGUUGUGCAACUAUUGAAAACCUGAGAUCGCUAGAUGGUUGCUUCGUCAUAGUAUGAGACUCCUCAGCACUGCACCUCCAACCCCUGGGAUUCGAACCUAGGGCCUCCGAUUUCGCACUGUUGAGGAGUCACACACUAAGAAGAGACGACUAUUUAAUUUUUCCAAGUUUUCAAAUAAGCUUUGAAAAUUGAUCGAUUAAUGUAUUUGCUUGUAGCUAAUUUUGUAUGAUAUGGCUCAUGGUUUCUUACUGAUUGAUCGUUCAGUAAUCAAAUAUCAUUUUUAUCUAGUCUAGGAUGAUGAUCGAAUUCUACCUCGAUCAGUAGUUGAAGCAUUUCGGUGCUUUGGCUCAGAAUCGAUUACUAGGGCACUGAUGAAUUCACUCCCUGAUCUUGAAUUCCAGUAUUCCUUCAUACAGUCUUUUCCACUCUGUCUUUCUGAACUAUGUUCUCAGUGUUCUAUCUUCCUCAUUAUCAUUGACACUACAUUACCUCAAUCUUUUUAUCUUCGUGUGUUGUUAUGUCCUCAUCGUGGUAAUCAUGUAAGGCAGCUCGGACCAAUGUACAUGUAUACCGGACUCUACGUUUAUAAUAACUGAUUGAACAAAUUAAAGUAAUGACUCUUUAAUUUAAGCGUGUUACUGUAAAUUUUGUGUACUAUGUUUUCAUUGAAGUUUAUGUUUGUAAGCACUCGACAGAUAACCUUGUUUCACCUAGAUUUUGGGCUACUUGGUACUUAUCAAGAAGGUGUAGUUGCACUUUUGAAGGUGAUGAUACGCCAUGUGAGAUUUGAACUUGCACUAAUUAGUAUUCCAGCCAGUAACCGCUGCUGACUAACCCUAGUCCGAAUUUUACGGAUAUAAUUCUUUUCUUUCAGGAUCGUAGAUAUGUCCUGUUUACGAGUAUCAUGUCUUCAACUCAAAGCAUAUUUUUAUUGUGAAUACAUCUUUGUUACUUGUUCUGUAUAUAUAGGACGAUUCAACAUUAUCUUCACCUGUUGAAGGCCUUAAAGUGAUUCACGAGGAUCUCCCAUCUAUCAAUGAAACAAAUGUUAAUAAUAAUAUCAAUGACGAUAAACGAAAUGAUGAUGAAUCCCAUAGUCCUUCAUCAUCAUCAUCUACGCCAGCUGGGUCUCCGCCAGUUACUGAUGUCACUACCCCUCCUCCCGCAGCAGCUUUGUUACUUCGUAAACGUUUAGGUGUCUCUGGUGAAUCAAUGAAAUGUGCACAGGAAUUAGUUUACCAUGAUAAAGAUGCCAAGUAAGUUCAUAAAAGCAAUCUUGGAUUGUAUUAAUUUUUUUUACUUGUUAUAAAUAAUAUUGCCUAUACUAGAACAAAGUAUGAAGUGUUGUUUCUGUCACUACGAAUUAUAAUGAUGAUAACUUUGAUUCUUUACUGGUAACCUGUAUGUAGUAAGUAAUUUCCAACAAACGUAAUUCUAAACUAAUCCACAAACUGUCGAACACAGAGUCUUAAUUUAGCCAAAGUCAGAACAAGUAAGCAAUUUAAUGUGGUCUAAGUCGACACAGUGAGAAGGCGAUGGAGAGGGAUCAGUUCCAGCUGUAGUUGAAAUUUAGAUUUAGGGAUUACAGUUUUUUAAAAAAACAUUCGUGGAGUGCGGAAUUAUGAGUGAAAUUACGUCGCUGUAAAUGGUAUUGUUCCAUGUUGAUCGAUAUCUCCAAUUUCAUCUAAAGCCAUUCAAAUAACUCACUUGCAUUUAUCACUAGAGAUGGACCAUGCAAACAUCCUAAUAUCAUGAAUUGUAUGUUUAAAGUGAGAAAUUAAACGUGGAUAAUUAAAAUUGUCAAACAUUCAUAGUUUUCUACACUGUGGAGAUGAUUUUCCCCUUUACAUUAUUAACGUCAAGUGGGGAACGAUUGACAAUUAUGGAAAGAAAUUUUACAGUUGUUCCGUUGUAAUUUCAGUUUGGCUAGUAGUUUGUGCAUUAAUAAUAUCAUCAAGGAUGAAACAGAAUUUUCAGGUAUCAUAGCAAAUAAUUAACUUUCCGGUUGCAAAGUUGGAAUCCAAUCAUGUAAAUAUCUCAUUUCAGUCAACUUGUGGUAACAACGCGACCAUCAUUAUUUAUAUUUGUCUGACGUGUCAGGCAUUGUUGAACUCUACUAAUCAAAGCUUCUAACUGGACUUCCAGCUUUUCAUUAGUUGUAUUAGUAAAGUCAUUCUUUGAUGUAUAUGAAAUGAAUCUAACAUUCAACUGUAUCAGGUAUGAUAAAGAUAUCCUCCGAAAGCAAUGGAAAAUAGUCGCGCAAUAUCGUGGACUGAUUGAAGUUAGACUUGUAUACCAUUGAAUUUUGGCUCAUUGGUCUCGAGGCUAAGUGUGUGCUUGUGAGACCGAAGGUUCAGGAUUCGAUUUCCUGUGACAUAGUUGUGAAUUGGUAUUGUUGACGAAACAGUAAUCUAGUGAUUCUAUGUUUUCUCAGUAGUUGUCCAACUCAGAUCACUUCAUGAUUUCAAUGAAAAUCAACAAUGUCCACUACCACUCCAUAUUGACAAUAAUUAUUAUUUUAUCCCUUAAUGUUUCAUGUUGUUAACAUAUGACGAGUAAGAGAAGUUCAUUGUCAUCAUUGUUCUUAGCUGUGAACUCUGGCUACUUAUAUCUCAUCAUUGAAUUGUGUUAUAUUUGACACCAUUUAUUAAAUGUCAUAAUAGAAGUCUAUCUAUAAUAGUAGUAACAAUAAUAACGUUUGAAAAUUUUAAUUAUUCAUCUAUGUACAACUUAAUUACGUAGUAUAUUAAUAUCUCGGUUUGUCGGUACUACGUAAAUGUUCAUAUUUCAUUUACCCAUAUUCCUUGUCGUGAUGUACUGAUUAUCUUUCGCAUUUGUUCAAUACUUAUGUAUGUAUAUAUACGUAUUAGGUUUAUACAAAUAUCAAUUAAUAUAGGAAUAUUCACAUACAAAUAUAGACCAUUGAUGUUAAAUGACUGUAGUUAAUGUCCUACUACUACCAUUAUUACUACUAAUAGUAGUAUUAGUAGUAAGUUAAUGUGGGCAGGUAUCAUCAUCAUUAUCAAUAUGUGGAUAUAAACAUAUGUUUGUCUGUUCAUCUACUUAUCGUCCAUUUACCUGUCUGUAUAUGUGUAAUUCAACUGGGAUAAUUUUAAUGGGAAAGCUGUAUUCACCAUGAUGGCAAUAUGAGUAUAAUUAUUAGACGAGUAUACUUUAUACAAAGGGUAGUCAAAUGUAAUACAUAUGCAUAUAUAGAUAUAUUAUCUUAAUUCAUGUUUUUUUCUUAACAUGUCAAGUACUUCAUUAGUUAAUAGAUAGAAUAGCAAAUGUUUAAUUGAUCUUGUCCGUUUUGUUCUGUCUCAUUUUUAUUAAGAGAUCUUUUUUCGUAUUAUUCAGAAUGUAAGAUUUAAUUGUUACACUUUCAUGCAUAUAGGAUAACAUUGUAUAUUCUCCUAUUUUUUAAAACAAUACUCAUUGAUUUUUCCCUUUCAAUCUACUCGGGAUUGGACCACAUUGUGUAUAUAUUUAUGUGUGUUUGAGGGCUAGUUAUACUAUUUGACCACUUGAACUGAAGUAACCGAGGUCGGGGUUCGUCCUUAUGACGUAAUUAGUUCGAAGCUAGAUGCUAAAUCAUCGUUCUACUACCAUGAAGAUGAAAUCUAUGAUGUAUCCGAUUGAGAAAUUGUUGACUGGAUUAGUCUUAGUUAAUCCACGAUCCACAAUCAGAGGUUGAAUCAACACAUUUGCUGUUUCACAUGCGAUUGCUCAAACUCUAAAGUGCUAAGCCUAGGAUCCGAUAAUGUACAAGUCUAGCUACUGAACAGUCUCAUACUAGGAUGAAACGAAUUUUCAGUGCUUCCAACUUUCUAAUGGUUGUCUAACUUCGAUCGGUUCGUGAUUUACAAUUUUUUAAACAAUCUCCACAAUCUCAUACUGACAAUGGAAACUAGUGUUUAACAAUUGAAAAAGUUGAUAUAGGAUACCGAAACAUUGUAAACCAUGCACAGUCACGUAUCGAAUAUAUAUAUAUCCUUUAAUUUUGUCUAAAACUUUUGUUGAGGAGUGUGUAUCAUUCAAUUUUCUAAACACUUUGAAAAAUCGGAAAUAGUCAGGUUGUAUAAUUUAAUGGUUCGUUUACAAUUGAUUGAUUACUGGGUAGGAAUCAGUGUCAUAUGUGUCAGGUCUUUCUUAGUGCAGAUCUAAUUCUCUCAAUUAAGUUGCAAUGUACCAACUAAUCUAAGUGAUUCGGCAUUGUGUACAUUAGGUAAAUAUAUCUCACUCUUAUAGGAGUGAUAUAUAUUGUGAUUCAUUUUUAUCUAAUUCCACCUAUAUCGAUUUAAACAGUUGACAAGUAUCAUUAGCUUUCACAUCUACACACAUUCUCCCAAUGUGUACUUUAUAGUUUUGAGUACAUUAUUCUUAUACUUGAUAAAUCCACUAGUAUUAACUCAAUGAAUUUCACUCAUGCAUACACAUGCAUUCUGACUACAAAAAUUUAGUCAAUGUGAUACAGGAUUUUAUAUCUUUAAAAAGACAAAAAAAAAUCAUCAAAACGUACUGAAUGAAAUAUUUCCACUUCCUUUGUCUAUUAUACGCCUAAAAGAGAGAAGAAAAAGCUUAUUUGGCGAGACUAUAAUUUAUGGACGAACUAAUCAGAUAUAAGAUAAAAGGUCUUGGGUUUUGGCACGAAAUUCAUUCAUCCAUUUGGCUAAAGAGUGUUUUUGGCAUUUUAGCUUAUGUCAAUUCGUGAUGAAAUUCUUAAAUCUAAUUCCUAACACUUAACCAUCAACAGUAAAUCUUAAUUCUAGUCCCUCACCAUGGUUUAUAACCCUCAUUUGGUCCUAGUUAGUAUGUGGACAUCAUCAAGGUCACUUCAGCGUCGCUCAAAGGUCGUUCAUAAAUUAUAGUCUCACCGUUAUUCAAUUACAUUGUGUUUGUAGAAACUUGUUAACAUCACAUAGAUGUAUUAUUCAUUAGCUGGAAAUCAGUGUUAAAAAGAACAUGAAACACGAUUUGGUUAAUCUGUUUCUAAGUCUAAAGUUUUUAGUAUUAAUCAGUGCUGAUGUUUUCUCUAGAGUUGAAUCAUGGGGCAUUUAGGUCUUGCAGUUAGUGAUCAUUUCUAACUUGUUUUAUCCGUUGUCUAUGAGUCGUGAUUUUCUGUACAAACUUUAAAAAGUGAAUUAUUACAAUUUGUUUACUAUCACUAAUUAACGUCUUGAAUUUAGUUUUUUUUUUAUAAGAAAGUAAGCGAUAUACUGUUGAAGAGUUUCUGAUGACUAAAAUAUGUAAACGCAAUUCAAUCAUUCAUUAAAAUGAUCGUACUGAUAAUAGUCUAUCUGUAUACAUGAAACGAUAUGCGAAUGUCUUAUUUGUCAAAUUUUACAAUCACAAAACCAAAUAGCUGACAAGUCAGUCAAUCGCAUUCAACUUGGAACCUGGCAUAUGUUUUCAUCAGUUUAAGUUGCCACACAAUACAUUAGCACAGCGAAAUGCUAGAACAGUAUAACUCGUAACAGUAAUAAUGGUCGUCAAAAAGAUUAGACAUAGACGGCACGAAUCGUGAAAAAAAGUGCAUUCACAGAUUAAAUAUAUUUUUUGAUCAUUUUGAAAUCGAAGAUUUAAGGUAAUCGUCCUGGGUCAGUACAUAAUAGUUUUGUUCCAUGUCACUCGAAGUCUCUAACUAUUAGUUAUGAUAAUCGGACGAAUUUCAAUAAGAUCAUCUACACUUAAAUACAUGACUCAGUAAAUAUCUUCAUGGAUUGAUAAUGUCUUGGUUUGGUCACCUAUAACUUCGACCCAACCUACGUGUGUAAUAAAUCUUCCAACCACCGCUUACCUCAACACACAAUGUGUACUUAUUUAAUGAAGAUCUACUAAUUCAUCGAUCUAUUUGUCUCAGUUGAAGCGAUCAGUGUGUUGAUCUAAUUCAGUCCCUAUGGUUAAUGCAAACCAAUCCUAGAGCAAGAUAUUUAGAGGGAGAGAAAUAUCCUAACUGCUCUUGUGUUGUUGUUACUCAUGGAGAUUAAAAGACUUUUUUUAUCGAAUUCUUCACCAGACAGAGCUAUAUCAUCUGGAUAUCUUCUUUUAGAAGAUCAACUCCUAGAAUGUCACGUUGAGAACGUUAUCUCCAGAGGAGAUGAAUAAUAAAGAAAAUAUACCAGGAAAUAGAGUAAAUUCAAACAUAGAUUGUGGUAGAGUAAUAUUUAUACAUUGACAUUUUGUGUCUGUAUCUCAAUUUAAUCAUUGUUCCACAAUCAUCAAGUCAAUCUGGUUUGAUGAUCUUGUUUAUUUUUUAAAAUCUUCGUUUCUCUUUUACAUUCCAGUCGACCGUAUUGUUCAUUUGACCAUUUCUCCCAUGGGUUGAUAAGUUAGAUCUUUAUAUCAAUGUAUAAAUUUUGUUUACAGAUUUCAUACUUAUAAAAAUUCUCUGAUAUUCAAAGAGUUACUUCGUUUCUAAGUUUAUUUGUAGUAGGGCCAGUCUUAUCUCAUUGACAUUAACAGGCGCAACCGGUUAGUGUGUUCGGCUGUUAACCGAAAGGUUGGUGGUUCGUGCCCACUCGGGGGCGGUUCUCACUCAACACCGGCAACCCCUACCUACAUAGACAGUAGUCAUUUUCCUCAUUUAAGUGCUCUAUUUUGCCUAUCUUAUGUGCUUAGAAUUUACAUUAAUUGUAUCCGUAUCUUUGCGCUCUCUCAAUUAUUAUUUGUGUAGAUAUGUGAAUUGUUUGUUGUUUCAAUAUUCAAUUUGAAUGGGUGUAUGCUUUUGUGUGUAUAUGUUUAUGGGUUUAAAUGUUUUUCGUCACCAAAUGUAUGAAGUACAUUCAGUAGUCGUUUUCUUUUGUCAACGUAAUAAAUGAGAUAGCACUUAGUGUUUUGUCGUAGUGAAAUGGUCUUCUUUUUAUUCAUUCGAAACUGGAUCUCUUUCUGUAUGUCGUUGUCAUAAUCUUCAUAGUUUUUAGGUCAUGAACUAAUCUUAUGUAAACUACCAUGGAAAAUCAAGAAAUACUGGACAGUUGUUUGAUCCUUGUAUGGUACUCUUCACCAGUGUACAUCCACAAGCUUGCCAUAGAGAAUCGAACUCAGGACUCAUGGUUUUUCACGCGAACACCUAAUCUCUAGACCUUUGAGUAGGAAUUUUAUAGUGUACAUGUAUAGCUUUAAUCAACUCGCGAUAUCGGACGACCAUUGUCCAUUGCUUGUGGUGGAUAACUGUCUCAUACCCGUAAUGGUUGAAUUUGAUUAAUCGUGGUUCUAAUAAUAAUCACAAAGUUGGUCUUCACGUGCUCUCUAGUCUGGAAAAAAAUGUCCUCAAAGUUCUGUGAAGAAGACAUCACUGUGUGAUCCCAAAAAUAUUGAUUGUAUGAGAGGAUUAUCAGUGUUAUGUAAUAUAGUGUAUUAACUGAAGUUGGAGUAUUCAAUAAUUGUAUUCUAAUUUAAUUGUAUAAAGAGUUUAGAGAAAUAAAAUGCGUACUCAGACAAUGUCAAAUUAGAUAGAUUAUGUUAUAUCUUAAUAGUUCGGGUUUAGUACGGACCUUCAAUAUUUAUGGGAUCGGCAGCGACUGAGCUAUUACUCUGAUAUGUUUGGUUCUGUUGUGUAGAUCGAUAACAGUAAGAAACGCACAGCACUUCAACAUUUGUACGCUAACGCAGAGAGACGACGAACUGUAGGAAAACUUGAUAUUUGAAGUUGAAGAAGCAGAACAUAGAUGAAUGGUACAACUCCAUAUAUACACUAACGAAACAUGACCUUGAAGCAAACAGAGAUUUAGCUGAACUUAUAGCAAUAAUAAUCAAUCAGGUAAAAAUAAUGGCUGUGUGGAGAAUCGUUUCUAGUAAGGUUCCAGGAUUGUUAACAAAAUUUUAGUGAUAUUAUGUUCACCUUAACAUAUUAAUAGUAACCAUAUCAUUGAUCCUGGUGCUAUUUGAAUGAUGAAGUAUUCGAUAUGUGUGUAACUAUCGAGGAUGAGUUGCUUGAAAGAAUUCAAAUCAACCUUAUGUUUUGUUGAUUGUCAAAAAAUUUAUAACAUUCAUUAGCCUUUCUGUUCUUAGCAAUUAAUCAUAAAUGAUAUCAGAUAUCCAUCACUUUAUCUACAUGAGUAAUUCAAUUACAUAAUUUUAUAAUCAGAGAGGGGUUCUGCGGAGAUUGUAGUAAUUUGAAUUCAUGAGUUAAUUGAAGCUAGACCACCAUGGAAAACCUGGAAGCACUGGACGGCCGUUUCGUUCUAGUAUGGGACUGCUCAGCAGUGCGCAUCUACGAUCCCGCCUCUCAAGAUUCGAACUCAGGACCUAUCAGUCUCUCACGCGACCGCUUAACCAUUAGACCACAUGUGCUUCCAAAUUUUCCAUGGUGGUCUAGCUACAAUUGACUCAUGGUCUCAACUAUUAAAAUUACUAUAAUAUCCACAAAACUACCCUUCUCAUAUUAAUGAUCAUAUGCUCACUGUUGACUGUCUCCAAGAGUUAUUUCCUGGAGUUUUAGUGAGAAGCAGUGACCAAUGGAGUUCAACCAGGUCUGUUGUGAGAUAGUAACUCACUGAAGACAAUGGUGGAUGUGUGGCUCAAUUUCGUGGAUUGGUUGAAGUUAGACAUUAACACCGUUGGAUGCCGGAUGACUCAGUGGUCUAGUGGUUGAGCGGUCGCGUGCGAAACUGAUAGGUCCUGUGUUCGAAUCUGGCAAGGCGAGAUCAUAGAUGCUCACUGCCAAGGAGGAGUCCCACAGUAGGACGAAACGGCUAUCCAGUGCUUUCAGGUUUUCCAUGGUAGUCUAGUUUCAAUUGACUCGUGAUCUCAUCCAAUAAAUUUACUGUAAUAUCCACAAAAUCACUUCUGAUAUACAGUUUAGUUUCUUAACAGUAAUGCAAUAAGAAUAUACUUAUGAUAUUGAUCCAUAUAUAGUUCUCAGAUGUUACCCAUAAUUUAAUCUUCACUAGGAUAUAGCACUUUUAUAUCUAACCGAAUCUAAAUAACUUUAAAAAAACUAAUUAAUUUGGUCUUAGAUACAUAUAUUUUUUCUACUACUACUACUACAGAAAAUAAAUUCUAACCUAAAUAGAUCAUUGAUCACAUGUCUCUAACUAGAACAUUGAUAAUGUUUCAAGUGUUUCAAUUUCUCACAUGGAAACCAUCAAUUUCCUUAAAAUUAUUGAAGAUUAGUUAAUAUGUGACAAGUAACAAAUAGAAUAUGAAACUUAAGUCGGAUAUAUUGUUACUAUUCAAUUUACUUUCAAUUGAUUAACUUCUCAUCCUAAUUCCUAUUAGUUUCAUUCAUCCAACUCAAUAGUAAUAAUAAUAAUAAUAAUAAUAAUAAUAAUAAUAAUAAUAAUAAUAAUAAUAAUAAUAAUGAUGAUGAUGAUGAUGAUGAUGAUGAUGAUGAUGAUGAUGAAUAUCCUCAAGUUGAUUUUCAAGAUAAUUUAAUUUGUAUGGAUUAUUCAAUAUGCUACUAAUAAACUAAACCAUGUAACAUUUAUCAUUUGUUACAUUUUAUUCUAUUUUAUUUUAUAGUUUUUUCUUGCCUAACAACUAAUGGAGUAAAACUUCUUAUCCUUUUUGUUGUUGUUUCAAGUGACUGUUCAUCAUUCCUUAUUAAGGAUGAGAAUAUUUGAAUAAGAAACAAACAAACAACAGACUGAACUACAUUGUAUGGGUGUGUGUGUGUGUUUGUUUGUCAAUUGCAUGUAUUUAAAAGACUCAAUAAAUAAUUGUCACUUAUUUAGAGCAAAAUUACAAUGAAGAUUGAAAAUGAAAUUCGUUUGUCGAUUAAAUACAAUCUACAGGAAAUCCUAUUGAUUCUUUCAAGUAUUUUCUUUUCUUUUUUAGUAAUUGGCAAUCAUGCUAACAAAAUGUACGUGUAAUCUCAAGGAAACUAUGAUUGUCACCCUGUGAAUAUCAAAUCUAUAUUACAGUUAAAAAGAGAUCAGGUUAUCUAGUCUUGUUGUUAUUACAUGUUAGUUUCACUGGUUGAAAUCAUGAGUCAAUUGAAUCUAGACCACCAUGGAAAACCUAGAAGCACUGGAAGACCGUUUCGUCCUAGUAUGGGACUCCUCAGCAGUGCGCAACCACAAUCCCGCCCCCACGAGAUUCGAACCCAGGACUUAUCAGUCUCGUGCCAGUCUAGAUUCAAUUGACUCAUGAUUUCAACCAAUGAAAUUUCUAAAAAUCUCCACAAAACCCAUUUUGAUAAUAUUACAUGUUAGUAACAUGAAGGAUAACCUUGAUGACAUUUUUCAAAUUCAUAUUUCCUCUGUUAUCUCACUGAUUGUCAUAUUUUAAAGUUCGUUAGCUUUGUAAUAUACCUCAAGAUCGUUGGCUGUUACUAUAAAAAUAGAUUUAUUUAAUUGUUAAUUAGACUUCUGCACAAAACAUAAAAACAUCAUCUCUGUUAGUGUUGUUCUGUGACAGAUGUUCGGUCUAUUCAAGUCCCUAUUCUUUCUAUCGUAUUAGAAUCUUUGGAUGUUUGUAAAUAGAACUAACCAUAGACUAACUGCAGACUCCAAUCCCUUAAUCAUUCUUGUUAAAAUCGAUUUAUCACACAUUGUCAUAAUUAGUGAUCUAUUCAGGUCCAAAAAUUCUUUCUUGUAACAUUCUAAUAUUCUAGUCGUUCACGGGAGUAUAUUAUUUAUUUGUUGAUUACGGUUAUGUUACCUCUUGCAGAGAAGUUUAGCAGACCAGAUUGGUGAACCGAAUGUUCAAAUACAUAUAAUGUCUUCUAUAUACCUCUAUGUUUAAUUUGUUUCAAACAAUUCAUUUAAAAUUAGUAUCGGGAUUUGUGGAGAUUGUAGUGUUUUCAAGGUUGAAUUAACGAGGCGAGUCCCGCAUGUGGGAUCGUGAGUCCACACUGCUACAGAGUACCAUACUAGGCUGGGAUGGCCGUCCAGUGCUUCCAGAUUUUCAAUGGUGGUCUAGCUUAGAUUGACUUGUGAAUGUUAACUUUGAAAAUAUUCAUUUAAAAUUUUGAAGAAUCUUUAUCUAAAUUAAUUUAUUUCUGAUUUAUGUGCUUCUCUGUUUUCUCAUUAAUGUAGUUCUCGUCGACAAAUACGUGAAGCUUUACGAAGUAAUGAUUUAAUCAAGAAUUUAGAUGCAGUUCAAUUACAAGAGGUUGUCUCUUGUAUGCAUGAACAAACAGUGCCAGCUAACUGUUAUAUUAUACGUGAAGGCGAUGAUGGUGGACAUUUGUAUGUCGGUGAAGGUAGGUAUAUUUAUUAUCCUAUUAAAAGAGGUUUUGGUCUAUGACUUAUUUAUUUGUUUUAAAGUUGUUUUCCAUAGACAUACUUAUCUUAAAAGGUAUCACUUUUUCUUCGAUUCACCCGGUUCUUGGUUAUUUAACUCUGACAAAUAACAAUCUACCCACCAGUCCUAUUUUUCCCAUACUUUAAAAGCUAACUGUCAACAGAAUUACUUAAUAUGUUAUCGCUUAGAUUAUGCAUUCAGAGGGAUUGAUUCAUUUUACUCAAACUGUAACAACCGACUGUUGUGUGCUUUUAGCUUGAUAUAAAUUCAAGAGACGAAAGGAUAAGUUUGAUCAUUCCUCAGUAGUUGUAGUGAAAAGAUGUUUAAUACUGUUGAAUCCCAUUUUCAUUUCUGAUCCAAUCCAAUAAGGAUAUGAUGAGUCAAGGAUUAAUUGUCAAUUUUAGGCUUAUGCAAAUGGCUAUGUUAGUUUAACUGCUAUGUUGUAGUCGAUUUCAUAGUCUGGACUCAGUGGGCGUCAUCCUUGAAUGUUCAAUGAAAUCUCCCAGCUUGAUUAGGAAAACGAGUUACCUACUCUGAUAAUAGGAUUAUCCUUCCUCAUUUACUAGACAGUAAACACAUUAUAAAGUUGUUGGAAGCCUUCUCAGUGUUUAGUCAUGUCUGAAAGGAUUUACUAAAAGGACCAUAAAUGCACUUCUAUCAAUUACACAGAGUCAUUCACUCAGCUACAAUGUAGGACCAGACACAUAUGUGCAUCAGUCCAAGUUCCCAUUCCUCAUUAGCACAACAAGAUCAACACUAAAUUCAUAGAAGUGGUGAUAAUAUAUGAGAGAAAAAUUACAUGUAAGGAUAUAAUAAAGGAAGAAAGAAUUAGAAAGAAAGGUAUGAAGUAAUUGUAAUCUUAUGAUUUAAGGGAAGAUAAAUAGUGUAUACACAGACGCCAUUGUGAUCGAUUCUCAGCCAUGUCACCCAAAGUAUCCAACUUGAUGAGGUUGUGAAUCUUCAUCGACUGAGAUGGUUGGGCCACGUGUUGCGUAUGUCUGAACACCGAUUACCACGACGCUCAAUGCUCACUAGUGUUGCGAAUGGUUGGAAGAAAUUUAGGGGCGGCCAAACCAAAACGUGGUACCAAUCCACAAAGCCACUAACUUCUAGUUUGAUCUACGUUGUUAGAUGCAGACUACUUGGUUGUGGUCCGUGUGACUAUCGUAUCCAAUGGUUGGAGACUCUUGGUGACAUGGCUCAGAAUCGAUCACAAUAGCGUCUGAGUAUACACUAUUUGUAUUCCUUUAAACUAUGAGAUUAAAAUCGCUUCACAUCUUUCUUUCUACCAACUAAUUCUACCUUCCUGUACUAUAUCCUUAUAUGCAAUCUUUCUUUUAUAUAUUACCACUAUUGAAUUAACUACUUCUAUGAAUUUAGUGUUGAUCUUGUUGUGCUAAUGAGAAAUGGGAACUUGGACCGAUGCACAUAUGUGUCUGGUCCUACUUUGUAGCUGAAUGACUGACUGGCUAGUGACUUCAAGCACUGAUGCCACGUUUUGGUUUGGCCGCCCCUAACUUUCUUCCAAUAAUCCCCAAUACUAGUCAGCAUUGCGCUUCGUGGUAAUCGGAGGAUAUGGUUGAAUUAAGAUGUUGAAACUAUAUCUCCAUCCCUAAAGUAUAUAUUGUAAACGUUUGACCACAACUUUCUUUCAUAUACAUCUCGAUAUAGCGUUUUUCCUAUGAAACAUUCGUAAUUACAAAUUUAUUUUUCUUAAUCCAAAUAGUGUCAUUAUUAUUAUUGUUACAAUUAUAUUGUCACAAAUAAUCAUGAUACAAUAAUUCUCAUAUUUGUGUACUCUAUUCAUAUGAUUUUACUCAAUUGAUUAAAAGUUAUCAUCACUACUGUUCGAUAUGACCUUUCAACUUUACUAAUAAUUGAGUCAGAGUUUGUAAAUAAUUGAGCAGUAAUCCGACAUGGACUCAACUGUUUAUUUAUUUAGUUCAUAACUGUGACUAAUAUCUAAACAAAAUUAUGAUAUUGUUAACCGUAAACUUUGUUCAUACAGUUAUUACAUUGGUUUCGAUAGUCACACUGAUUCCAACGAAGUAGUCUACAUCUACGAAUAUGGCUCAAAGUAGAAGUUAGUUACUUCAAUGACUGAUGUCAUGUUUCUAAUUGAAUGAGUCUUUUAACAACAGAAGUUUUAUAAGUUUGUGUAUUCAAUGAAGUUAUAGUUUAGAAAAAUGUACAUUUUUUCUGAAUAUAUGAUUCUCAACAUCCUUUUUGUUGACAGAUAUAGUGAUUUAUAAGGAAGUUAUUCAAGACAACGCAGAUGCAAACAAAGUUUACUUCUUUCUUUCUCUCUAUCUCCCGAGGUCUUGGAUAUCAAAGGUGUAAUGUAUUAUCUAACAGUUAGUCGUCGAUCAUUAGACCCUAAGGUUCGAACCUAGCUUCACCUACAUGUAUUUGGGUAAUUUGGUGUGUGUGUGGGGGGGUAGGUAAUAUCAUCCCAGUUUUCUUCAUAUAAACAUACGUACAAACAGUGUUGACCACAAAUGAAUCAUAUUCAUUUAUUUUAUCGUUCGUGGUUAAUUCUUAUAUUGCUCAUUAUUGUUUCGUUUAUGUAGUUUCAUUUUCAAUAUUAGAAGAGGGAUUAUUCAGAUUAUAGAAUUUCGAGGAAGAACUAGACAACUGUUUCAUUCUAGUAUAGGACUCUUCAAUAGUGUUCAUCCACGACCCUUCCACAAUGAAUUGAACCAAACUCAAGAUCUCAUUUUGUUCUUUUUUUUCUCUCUCUAUUUAUGAUUGUUAUAGAGUUAGUGCAGAAUUAUUGUUUUGUACAGGUACGCAAAUAUAUUCAUUCAUUACUACGAACAACUCAUUGUUGUUUUCAUCAAUUAGGUAGUCUAAUCCAUCUAUGUUUACGUGUACAAAUUACAAGCAACAAAUAAUUGACUACAAAUCAAAUGAUUAUUAUUAUUAUUUUCCAUUUAUGUACAAGACAAUCAUGAUAAUUGAAUCAUCAAUAAUACUGAAGGGACUAGAUAGCAUCUGAGCAUUACAUUUUACUUACCAUCUAUUGAUUGAUUCACUGUCUACAAUAAAUAUUCCUUCAUUCUGUUCAUCUUCUUUUUUUUACUAACUCUUCACUCUUACUAGUUGGCGUUUUUUUUAUAGCAAGGUGGAUGAGGUUGCUGAUCCCAUGCCCAACUCUCCUCCUUUACUCAGACUUAAAAUCGACAAUAAUCUUAGAACAGCUACAGAUAGAGUUAAAUUUUCAUUCUACUAAAUUAAAUCAGUCCUUUUGGAAACAAAUAAGUAAAUAAAAAGAAGCACUAACUAAUUUUGAUUAAACCAUUUACGUCAUUUGUAAUAAUGAAUUAUUCUCUAAAUGAUAUUAUACAAUUCAAUUUUCAUAUAAUAUGAUCAAAGUACUAUUCCAGUUUAACUUGAAACUGUUGAAUAAUGCAUAUUGGUCAUAGUACAACAUUAUUAAAGUAAUUUAAGAUAAAAUACAGACAGAUAAUAGAUAAAUAUACUCACUCACUCACUCACUCACUCACUCACUCACUCACUCACUCACUCACUCACUCACUCACUCACUCACUCACACACACACAUUGGUUUAUCAGUUACAUCAUUCCUUUAAGUUUUCAGAUUAAUUUAUUUUGUAGAGAAAAAAAUUAUUGAAAGGGUUCAAUUAGAGAAUGAGGAUGAGAGAGAGAGGGGGAAACUCUGGUUUUCUAGUAGUUGUAUCACUUGUAUUCACAAGUCUAUUUUAAUAGACGUCACGUUUUUCUCAAUUCGUUUUUUCUUAAUGUGAAUUUUAUUGAACUGAUCUUUGGAUCAUGUGUUUGUAUAGUGAUCAGAAUAUUAAAGAGUUGUUGUGGUUGUUGCUGUCGUGAUUGUUGUUGUUGUUUUAAUUAAACUAAUUGACAUACAAGAUUCAAAGUUGCCUUUCUAAAAACUUCAAUUUAUAUUGUGUUUCGAAUUCUUUUCAUAAUUAGUAUUCGACUUAAAUAUGCUAAUUUUGAUUUAGAUGAUACAGAGUACACUGAUUUAAACGAUUCCUAUAUGUCUUUUCUUAAAAAAGAUGAUGAAAUACACUGAGAGUGAUUUUCUCUGUUCUCAGUUCAGUAGUCUAGAGGUUCAGCUUUCGCAUAUGAGGUUAAAGAUCCUGGGUUCGAAUCUCUAUAGAGGGUCGUGGAUGCAAAGUGCUUGGAAAUCCUAUACUAGGACGAGACGACCGUCCAGUACUUCUAGGUUUUUACUCUUGAUCAUAGUUUCAACGAAAACAUUACACUUUUAUAAUUUUUUGUGUUUUACAGUCCAUCGAUUCAUUAUCCUAAAAAUUGAUUAGUGGGAUGAAUUUCACAAAAGAAAUCGUUCAAUCAUACAUCAGUAGUUGAAAAUAUUGGGAACAGAUAAAUGAACUGAUGUGUUAGAAUUUUGAGUAUUUCGUUGUUGACUUUUCUGAGCCAAUUAGUAGAAAAUAUGAUGGUUCUAUUCAUAAAAAGCUUACAUUGGAUAUCCCAGGAUCUCAAUUCUCACUGUUACUGUCCAGUCUAGUACAAACAAGGAUUGAUAAAAUAGAUUUCUCAAUAUGGUGAAUUGUAUUUGCACUAACGAUACUAUUGACGUAGAUGCUAGCUUUUAAGCGAAACAUUUCUGAGAAAUAUGUGUUCAUUAAUGUUCAUAGACUGAUAGAAAGACCACAAUAUAAUGAGGCCUACUAAACUUUUGGCAUCCAAAAAUAUGUCUUUAUCACCUUAUUAUUCAGAGAUGAUUCACGACGACGCAAAUCAACGGACACUAAGAUUUUUGUGCAUAGUCCAGCUCAUCUUUAAUGAAAUGUUGUGGUCUAUGCUUCAUCAAAAACUCAAACAACAUGUAAAUAACUGUAUCACUUCCCACUGUGUUUAUCAGUCUUCCAUAUAUGCAUUGUUGACUAUUUAUAGGAGAACGCAAUCGUGGUUUGUAUUCAAGAGUUGCUCAAAGCGUUCCCAAAUGUCUACGACAAACGGCUAAAUAUUUGGCUGAGAGAGAUCAGAUUUGACAUCAAAUCAAUCUUUGAGGUAUUGUGCCCAGGGGUGAACUGUAAGGUUUAUCGAAGUCUUAGCCAUACGAAGAUCCAAACCUUUUUAUAUUUUCACAAAGAGUUUGCUCUAACCUUGAACCUACCUUGAUCAUAUCGAUCUAUUAGUUAUUAUAGUGUUCUUCACAUUGUUUUCUCUAAUACAAUACCUUUGUUUUCAUUUAUCUUCCAAUUUGUCUAGUUUGACCUUUUAUUUUCUAUGCGUAAAAUGUUUUAACAAAUAGAUAUUUUCAGAAGGGGUUUUGUGGAGAUUUUAUUAAUUUUAAUAGUUGAAAUCAUGAUUCCAUUGAGCUAGACCACCAUGAAAAACCUGAAAGCACUGGACGGUGGGGAGCGGGAUUGUGGAUGCGCACUGCCAAGGAGGAGUCUCAUACAAGGACGAAAUAGCUAUCCAGUGCUUUCAAGUUUUCCGUGGUGGUCUAGCUUCAAUUGACUAAUGAUCUCAACUAUUGAAACAGAUAUUUAGUCAAAUUUUUAUCCUAAAUGUGUUGUAUUAUUAUAUAUGUCACAUAGUUCUGAUAGACUUCGUCUUCCCAUCGUAUUGUCUACAUUUAGCGAAGGUAUUCAUUGUUUGAAACGUACAAAAAUGUACCAUAAUUUCCCAUGAUUAUUGAUACGUACGACUAUUUCUAUGACAUUAUCAAUAUCCCUGAUAUUACGUUACCAUCUUCCAUUACCUUAGUUAGAUACCAUCCUUAAUCCCUACAUUUUCUAAUCCCACUGAUCAUUGCUUCUGACUAGAACUCUUGAAAUUCCCUUUCGAAGCUAGUCACUAGUGAGAACAAGAUUAUCAGUGUUAACGUUGUGGAGGUGACUGAAUUUUAUUAAUAUCAUGAACUGGUAUAAGUUAGACCAGGAAGCACCGGUUGCCCGUAUCGUUCUAGUAGCAAACUACUCAGAAGUGAGCAUUCAUAACCCCGCCCCAGUAGAUCGGGCUCAGAAUCUUCAAUCUAAACUGGCGAGGCGGGACCCAAUGAUAUACAGGUCUAAGUCCAACCAAUCUGCGAUACUGUCAUCUAUUGUUUUCUUCGGGUAACUGUCUCCAAUUCGAUACGUUCGGAAUUCAGUGAUCAUAGCUUAUACUGUUAAUUGUCAUUGUUUUUUUAUUACAGCAAUUUAUAGUUUGUUUGUCUUAUGUAUGUAAUCACACUGUUAAUGGCUACUUCGAUGAUAUUCUCGUAAAAUUAGUCGAAUUGUUGCACAUCUUUAGGAUUUGGCUUGUUCAAUAUUCAUUACUUUAUGUUUCGAUGAAAACAUACUCCCUAGACUUCUCUUAUAGUUCAAAAUAAUCUAGUGAAAUUAUCUUAUUCAGUAUUAAUAUCAAUGGGAAAUGUGGAAUAUUCCAACAAAACUUCUCUUUCACACCCAUUUAAGUUGAAAUUACUAACAAUAGAUAUGUAUAAAAUGUGUUUUCUAAUGGUAUCUAACUUUGUUUAUUUUCAUUUGGUAAUAUUUUCAAUCAAUUUUAUUUCUAUGAUAUCGAUUUUUGAUUGCAUAAUGUCUAUUUUGGAUAGACAAUUUCCAUUGUAAUCACUUGUGUUGUUUCUUUAAACAAAGAAAAUCAUCAUUGUAGUAAUGUAGUGAACAAGAACACGAGUGGAGGCAAUCGAAUGUAUUCGAACACGAAAUUACAGAACAUCUCAAUAACAUCUGACAGCCAUAUAGUAAAUAGUUAAUUUGCCAAAUAUCAAUCCAUCGUAUCAAACUUGACUGUUUGUUUUGCAAAUAUCAGUCCAUCAUCUCAGAUUUCAUUUUUCAUGCAUUUUCAUAUAUAUCAAUUGCAUUCCGUUUCCGUUCUUUCCUUAUCGAUCUUCUAUUGAAAUGCAUUCUAUGCCUGACCACCGUUAUAUACUACUUAUAUGGAUAUAAGUAGCCCACAUCAUAGUACUACUUUCGAAUGUUGAUUUUUAAAAAAAAACGAAAAAAAAAUUUUUGCCGUCAAUUAUAGGCAUUUUUAUCAUCAUUAUAUUAUGUUUAGAAUAAAUAAUUGGUCAAGAAAGUUUUAAUUGACAUAAUUUUCACAAUUAGUUUAUCCAAGUAAUUGACUGAGAAGUGCGAUCAAACCACCAUAUUAACUUCUUAAUCACUUAUAUAUAAAUUUAACCUUAUCAUUCAUUGAUGGAGAUUGCUGGUGGGUGGCCUAUGCUCCUCGACAUGGGGUAACAGGCGUAAGUAGGUAUUCAUUAAUCAAUUAAUUUAGUCAGCUGAAUUUCAGCAUUGGAUGAUUCUAUGCAAUUUCUAAUUUUUUUUUUAAAAAAAAAAAAGAAAAGAAAAUUAUUUGUUUCCUGUUGUUCUUUAAACCUUUCUUCGUUUACCCCACCUCCCCUCCCUCCUUCCCUCCUUCCUUCCCAAAUUGUCCCCAAUCUAAUCUUAUAGAAACAUUUCAUUUGUAAACAGUAAAAUGAUCAAUACAUUUGUUUGUAUGUUUGUUUGUUUUUUUUGUUUUGUCAUUUGAACUUCUCCAUUUUCUUUUAUUGUUUUUCUCCAAUUCUAGUUUCUUGGGUUUUUGUUUCCUCUCCGUUUGGAUUUCUAUUGUUUUCUAAUUCUUCAAAGUAUAUUCAUUUAUUAUUCCUAUUAGAUUUGAAAUGUUUCAACGACAAAUAAUAUUGAGUUUCUUCUCUAUUAUUAUUGUUAUUUGUAGUAGGAUUAAUUGAGUACUUAUUGAUUUCUUUUACGUGGAUUUUACAAUAUUCCCAGUUAAAUUAAGUAGUAAUUCUCUAUUUACACUUUCCUCUCUUCCUUCCUCUGCAUGUUUCAUUAUUGUGUGUAAACUGUGUUGGAAUUAGAUAUGUACAGUAUUGGUUACUAGCUUAGAUCAAUAUAGCGGUUAAGCGUUUGUACACGAGAUCUAUGGCUCUGGGUUCAAUCCCCUGUGUGGAUGUUCAUAUGCACUGCUAAUAAGUUCUACACUAGGACGAAAUUGCUAUCCAGUGCUUCUUGGUUUUCAGUGAUAGUUUAAUUAAAAUGAAUUUGAGGUUUAAACUGUGAAAAUACCUUGAAGUGCAUCAAAAAGUGUUUUCAUCCAAUUAGAAAUUAUGUGGCCUGUUUAUGAAGUUAUUCACUCUCAUUUGCGUAUUAUCUAGAUAAAUUGUAGACAUAUUAAUUUGGGCAAACAUCCUAAAGUUAAAUGGAUUCAUUUUAUCUAUUUAAUUAUCCAAUAAGUAAACAAGUUGUGGUGAUGAAAACUGUAUUUUACAAAUUCGAGUUAUAGCAGCAUUCCUAACUCCAGUCUGUUUUAAUGAAUAUAACAAUCACUAUGUUACCAUAAAAAUUUCUUACUGUAUAAGUCAUUGUAAAAAAGUUAUGGGUUGGCAAACAAUGAUAUGGCAUCAGUCCAUGAAGAUCAUGGUUAUUGAACUGAACGAUGUGGGUAGAUGCGGGCUAUUUGAUUGGGGUCUGUGUAAUUAUUGCAAUCGAUUGUUAAAGACUAUCAGUGAUAUUGUUCGAAAUCUUUCUUAAUGGCACAGAUGCAUUUGCUCUCAAUCUUCUCUCAGAUUUUACGUUUCUAAAUUUUUCAUAAAUGACUUUUUAUUCUACUAAUUUAUAUUUUCUUAAUUAGUAUCGUCGAUGCCUAAUAUUUUCUAUUAUCAGUUAUGCUGUUGUUAUCUGUACUACUCUUUGAUUUGUUUUGGAGAUUUCAUUCGUCUGUACUAUUGGAUCGUGGCAACUUGAAUUGAUCUAUAUAUAUGCCAGGUUCUACAUUACUUACCUGUUGCGUCAGAAAAUAAACGUUGCUUGUGGUUGUAUAGGGCCCUGUGUGACCGGAAUGACAUGAAAGCGAUUGUGUGAUUUCUCCCCCCGCUCUCUUGUUCGUUUAUCGAUUAGUGCGCCCAUAUUGGUAGUUGGGUCGGUGACCGUCCAGGUACUCAUUGACACAUCGAUCAAUGAAUAAUAAGCAAGAAUUUCGCUCUUAUUGGUCCUCAGGCUCCCAGUGGCCAGCCAAAAGCGUACGAUAAAAAGCAAAUACUAUAACGUAACUGAAAUGCCUGAAAACGCAACAAAACAAGAAAUGACUAUGUGUAAAUAACUUGGUCGUCAUAAGUGAUACAAGACCAGUGUAUAAGGGUAAUGACUAUCAAUGACAAAUCUGGAACACGAAAAUAUCUGACAAUGAUUUAUAGAUCAAAUAAAAGAUUACAAAUAGGAGAACAUAGAAAUACGACUGUCAAAGUAUUUAUUAAUUAUACAGGAAAAUUACAAAUAAUAAUCCUUUGUAUAAUAACUUCAAAAGUUAUACUUCCGUACUACUCGUUCCAUGAUAUCUGUAUCAGUGACUGAGAUUACCAGACAUCUUGCACGCUUAUCGAACUUAUUUUUUUAAUUUUAAAUUUCUACAGAGGGUGAAUUUGAAGUUUCAAAAGGUGGUAAACGUCUGUAUAUUAUGGGAGCUGGUCGUUGUUUUGGUGAAUUGGCUUUAUUAUACAAUUGUAAACGUACAGCAUCUGUAAAGGGUAAGUUGAAUUUCUAUUGGAUUCUGAUUUGUUUAGUAUUGUUCUUUUUCUUUACUUGUUAGUAAAUUCGUUUUACUAGUCAGACUGUGCCCUGUUUGUUGUGUUAUGAAAUAAAUUAUUUCUGGUGGUCACACAAUACAACACUUGACUUUUGAACUCCAAUUCACCUAUUUCCACUGUUUUAGCAUUUGAAUUAAUAUCUACAACAGCGAAAUCCUACCCAGACCUCUCCGUGGUGCUGUGAGAUUUCUUGAAGGUUGUGCCUCAUAAACCAACUUGGGUGGUCGAUGGAGAGAGCGGUCUGAUCAAGCACUCGAUUGUAAAAUAAGAUCAUACCAAGUUUAUUUAUCUCAUGUGGCUGACAAACUCAGGGUGGAGUAUCCGUACCUAUGCAUGCACUGAGACCCAUAGGUCGAUGUGGUGUUUUUUAGGUAUUUAUAUUGUAUAUAUUUGCCCAAACGGAAAAACUGUUACGGGGACCUCAUUUAUGCUUACAUGUAUGUUGGAAGUACACAGGUCCCAGACCAAUCUAUUUCAUGUAUAUAAUGUUAUUGUAUAACUGGGAUUUCAUACUAAAUGGCAUCUAUGCUUGUGAGAAGUGCGCACAACGACGCUAUUUCACGGAGAGUGGCCUCCGUCUGCCUUCGCAAGCAAUUUAGCAAAUACCAUUAAUGGGGGUGGAGACCAUUUUACCGUCCUGAUGUGGCAUAUAUGCAUGUGUUUAUACUAUGUAAUGCAUAAGUCAUUUUGUUUGGUGUAUUUCACACAAAGAUAGGCUUCUAUCCGUCCUAUUAAACAUAGAAUCAAAGUCCUAGAAGUUGUCUUUAAGAGUUUCCUGAAUGAUUCCCCGCUUAAAACCUAUCCUGUCCAAGAAGUGUACCUGUGACACAAUAUAUAAACCUCCGGUACAACUAUCAUUUUGACUUCUUUCUUAUUGAUCUGGUUAGUUUGUGUCAUCGUUUAUUGAUAUGUUCCGAAGAAUUUAGGUCAAUACGCGUCACUACCAGAUCUUACAUUGACCAUCAUUGACUGACUGAUAAGUGACUAGUUCUAUGAACAAUUUCUGUUUCAGGUGUAUGUUCAACUUUUUUUUUCAUAAAUUAGAGUUAAUUAAUGUAACCCCGAUGUAAAUGAAUUGAACAGUUGUUGAACAUAACACAUAAUGUAUCCAAAAAAAUGCAAAUACAUUUCCUUAAAUGACCUAUUCCCCUAUUUAACUGAUGAGAUAGCAUGACAUACAUCAUGAAUUUGUUAAACUGAAAAGUGAUAUAAUUAGUUAGUAUCGUUAUUUGAAUUGUACAGCGAAACAUCCAUCUUAUGUGGGAGGAGUAAAUAUCAUUCUCAUCAUUAUGAUUAUUUCGCAAAUUUGUUUCCAAUUUUUCUCAUUUUAUUUGUGAUAUCAACAACGGUUUACAUGUUCUUCUCGAGGUUAUAAUUUGGUGAUAUGCCUUAAGAAUUGGUAACAGUAGCACAGAUGCAUUCACUUUUUAUCUUUACUUAGAUCUUGAGUUUUGAAAUUAUCGUAUAAUUUUAUUAUUAUUUUUAUUCAAUAAAUUCAUUUUAUUUCUUCUAGAAUCAUAUUAUCUAUCCCUGAUCCUUUCUACCAUCAUUGGUACUGUUACUACUUUCACUAGUCUGAUAUUUGUUUUAAUGAUUUCAUCUUUUUGCGUUGAUAAGCUGUGGAGACUUGAACCGAUGACACAUGUAUGUGUCAGUUUCUACGUUGCAUAUUACUAACUAACUAACUAACUCUUCCUUGAGUAUGGAUUACGUUGUUGUGAAAUUCACUUCGUGUUGAGAUCUCAUAGUCAGUCAUAAACAUACACGCACUAAGUAGUAGCUAGACUUUGUCAGACGGAUAAUAACAAUGUUUAUUAAGCGUUGUAAUGUGUGUCAUCCAAUUUCAUGAGUUAGAUAGGUAGGUGGAGUAGGUCACUGCAUAAAAAGGUAUUUUCAUUUUGUUUGGAUACAUAGCUAUCUGUGUUGUUAAACGAUUGUGUUAUUCAUUAAAUAUCGUAUGUAAACAACCCAAGUUUAAUUUGGGUGAUAAAUUCGAUUUUCUUUUACCAUGAAGCAUCUUAACUCAGAUUCUUGUUGGCGCUGUAGUUGCUCACCACUGUUAAUUAUUGUCAUACUAGAGCUAAACAUCUUUCCAGUGUUCCUAGUAGCUGUUUAGCUAAAUGUAAUGCGUGAUACAAACUCGGAGUUGGAUAGUCCUCAAAAAUCUUGUACACUAAUAAUAAUAAUUUUCUUCUCGUCAGUGUUUCAUUACGAGCGGAAUUCACGAAAUUCCAGUGAAAUCGCAUGACCAGUGAAUUUCAACCAAUCAGUCAUCUACAACGUAGGACCAGGCACACAUAUGCAUCGGUUCAAGUUGUCGUACGUGAAUGCGAUGAAACCAUAAAUUUCUGGGUUCUGAUACCCUAACAUCGAAGUCAUCGGUACACCCUGAUGAGAGGUUGGAUAAUAAUCGAAUUGAACAGUCUCUAUAAGCUUACCAUAUAUGCUUGCCCAUUUGUUAGUCACGGUGUAAAAAGUAAAUACACAUGUGAAUAAUUCAUGUAGAACACGAUUUAGGUUCAGAUUUCUUUUCUGCUCUUUGUUUUCACUAUCAUUUCCAAACAUAGACCACCUGUUCCAGAUGUUUUCAUGUACAUGAUGAAUGUCAUUUUUAUUGAUAAAAAUGUGCAAUUCUAUCAAACAGUCAAAAGUGAUUCCUUCAUUCCUCUAUGUAUGUAUCUGUGUGUGGGUGUGUGACUAGAGUAUCAUGCAUUCAUUCAAGUUAUUAUCCAAAACGAAAUAUAUUCUGGACAUUGUGUUAUGGAUAUACUCCAGUUGUUUUCAAGCUGGAUCAGAGUGGUGGGUAAUGUUGGUGGUAGUAGGCUUUAUUCGUAAUAACCGUAGUAACAGUAAUGAUAAUAAUCUAAUUACCACAAUUAGGUGUUUUGUUUAAUAGUUUCUUCCUGUUGUGUAGUGCACUCAGGUAUGUUCAUAAGUGUAUGUAUGUAUGAUGAUAAUAAUUUAUGUUCACUUAUAGUAAAGCUAGACUAGUUAAUCAACACUAAUGAUUCAUUGUUUGUUUGAAUGUAUGUGUGUGUAUGUGUUUGACUGCACAUACAAUGGUAGUGUACUUGUGUAUGUUUACAAUUUACAACACUGACCGUACUUUUAAACUAGUAGGAAAUAGGGGAACAAUCUGAUUGUGGACAAUUUGCGAAUCAUUAACAAAUUACACAGAGUGGAUUCAAUACAAAUGUUGUAUUGAUAUCGUAACCGAAAGGCAUAAAAUUGUGAAAAUUCCACACAUUUAUUAGUGUUGAAAAUUACUUAGAUACCAAAAUAUGUGAUAUUGGAUGGGAAAUCCCUGAGAUUUAAAAUGUUUGAAAAUGUCGACAACCGAUAUAUUAUUAUUAUUACAAAAAGAAAUGAGUGGUCUAACAGUUUCAUCCAAUCAAAUCUUAUUGAGAUCUAAUUUAGAAACGUAUUUGUCCUCAACAUUUUUUUAUUAUCGUUAGUAUAAGGGAACUUUUUGGAGAUUGUAGAAAUCACAAACUGAUCUUGGGUAGACCACCAGUGGAAAUACUAGACGGCCUGUUAUAAGUGUUCUCUAUCAUUUUUGUCUGCGAAUAUGCUUAAUUCGCUCGGGGUUCGUACUAAAAACUCUAGAUCGGACGAUGAGUAGAGGGGAUACAAAGACUACUGGUGUGGAUUUAUUCGACCCCAUAAAUAAAUCAAAAUGGAUGUAUCCAUAUGCUACUUUAUAUAUGAUUUUUGUAUCGUAACAUUAACUAUCAAAUUUUUGUAAAUUGAACUGAGUAGUAUUUAAUAUCAGUUCAUCCAAAAAAAUUUACUACAUGGACACAUAUGCGAUACCUAAUGAUCGUUUUUCACAUUAAAUUGAUUUUGCUCUUUCGGUCCUAUCAUAUCAAUGGAAUUCCUCAACAGUUCUCAUUCACAACUCCAUCACUGAGAAUCAAACUCAGAACCUUUGUUCUUAUAUACGAACGCUUGACCUCUAGACCUCUGUGACGUCAUUCAACGGUGUACAUGUCUAACCUAUUAUUAUCACUGUUAUCAUUAUUAUUUUCAGUAUGGGGGUUGUGAAGAUUGUUGAGUUUAACUGAAAUCAUGAACCAAUCAGUGUAAGAUCACCACUGAGAACCUGGAAGCACUGGAGGCAGUUUCGUUUUAGUAUGGGACUCUUCGGCAGUAGAGUUCAACCGUGUUUAAUGUGAGGUAGUGAUCCAUCGAAAAUAAUGAAAGAUAGUCGCACAGUAUCGCGGACUGGUUGAAGUUAAACAUAAGCAUUCCUGUAUGCCGGUUCAGUGGACUAGAGAACAAGCGUUCGCGCGAGAACUACGGCCCUGUGUUCAAGUUCCGCGCGUGGGGUCGUGGAUGUUGACGAGUCCCGUAUCAGGACGAAAUAGCCUUUCAGUACUUCCAGGUUCUCAGUGAUGAUCUAACAUUAAUCAGUUCAUUAUUUCAAUGAAAUUAUUGCUACUUUAUAUCUGCAGAACUUAAAUUAAAUAGACCGAAUUAUUUUAAUUGUGUCAAUGUGAUUGGUAACAUUUUCAACAACUACUUUUAAUCACCAAACCAAUGGUGCACAUGGGCUCCCGUAUCCUGCGGGAACAAAUGGUGUAUGAACCAAUCGUUGGUCUUCGGCUACCAUGGAACUGCAUCUCCUCACGAUGCUCCACUGCCUUGUGGGUCAGACCUUUAAGUCAAAGGCUCGGAGUGUGGCCACCCUAAGAAAACCACAUGCUUCGGUCUGGGCACCCGGAUAGUAUCACAGUCCACACAAAAAUAUGACUAAAUGUCAAUGUCUAUGGAAAAUACUUGUCUCGCUUCGAUUAACAAUCAAACGAUUCACUAUUAUUAUUAUUAUUACUAUUAUUGUCAUGAUUAUUAUUUUUUUACGUCAUUUAUUCACUCUUUUAUUCUCACUCUGUAUAUCCUUAUUUUUCGACUUAUACAGCAGCUCGCCUAUGGCGAAAACUCGGUUCUAUCUAAACUUUCUCGAGUCACUGCCUGGUCGAAAAUUGUAUGCUACCACCAAAUACGAAUACUGAAGCAGUUUUUCUGAAACAACGUGCACCAUUCAAACUGGCUGCCUUCAACGUUCGCACACUUAUGCAGGUCGGACAACAGAUAGGGCUGGCUAUGUCUUUGGAAAGUCUUAAUAUCGAUGUUUGCUGUCUAUCCGAGACCCGUAUUCAAGACUCUGGUGAAGUACUACAAAUUCGCUCUCCAUCUGUCGCUUCGAAAAGCUUGUUUUACAUGCGCUUAUCCGGGGACUCUGUGGCAUCUUCAUCUGGUCUUGCUGGCGUUGGUGUCGCACUAAGCGCUAGAGCUGAGGCAGCACUAAUCGAUUGGAUCCCUAUUAACAGUCGGUUAUGUGCUGUUAGAUUAGAGAGUUCCAUCAAAGUGAGGAGAAAUUGGAGUGAGAAACGAUGUCUUUUCGUCAUCUCCGCCUAUGCUCCGGCAGAUUGCAGCCGGGAUGCAACCAAGGAUGAGUUUUACCACCAGUUAUCUGUUCUUCUCCAGAAAGUGCGUUCGACAGAUAUUGUAGUACUAGCCGGAGACUUGAAUGUUCAGGUCGGGCGUCUAGGCACAGAAGAGAGUCGUUUAGGUGGCCGAUGGGGACUUGUUGGUCGCAGGACAGAUAACGGGGACCGUGUACUGCAACUGUGCACAGACCACAACCUGUUUCUGGCUAACACUAACUUUCGGCACAGUCAUCGCUGAUGUGCCACCUGGUGUCCUACCUCUGCAUCUCAAGCCUGGAAUCAGAUUGAUCACAUCGCGAUCAGCUACCGCUGGUGUGGUUGUGUACAAGACUGCCGCUCCUUUUGGAGUACCUAUCUGGACUCUGACCAUGCUUUGGUAUGCGCCAAUCUUGCCUUACUUUUCAGUGGACAACGAAGUGACCGCCACCAACGGAUUGAUGUUAGCAAGUUGGUUGCAACUUCUUUUGCAAGUAAGUAUGGAAUCGAGCUAGUUUCUAGGCUAGCUACCAUUCCACCGAAAAGUAUAGAUGAGCAUUGGUUGCAAUUGCAUGACGCCAUAAAAAUGGUGGGUACAGUCAGUUGUGGGUUCGCGAAACGUCCCGCUUUUAAGCACUGGGUUUCUUCAGGUUCCUUACAACUCAUUGAAGCCCGUCGGUCUACUCCGGGUGACCGUGAGUUUGACCAUAAACGAAGGAUGUUACGUACUGAAAUUGGGCAAAGCUUGCGUAAGGACCGAGAAGCCUGGUGGUCGAAGCGUGCUAAUGAGCUGGAAGCAGCAGCUGCAUCUGGUAAUUACCGGAAGCUGUUCCAACUCAUCCGAGCCACUGGCAGCAAGAAGUCUGGUGUGAGCGAAACAAUCUGUGAGGAUGACAGGAUGUCAAUCACUAGCAUACAUCGACGUCUUGGACGAUGGGCAGAAUUCUUUGAAGGGCAGUUCAACUGGCCAGUUGCUCGGGCAACAUCGGUCAAACUGUUCUGCUCUCCAUAGGCGGUGACGACUGAUCCACCAAAUGAGGCGGACGUCCGCAAGGAACUCCAACUCUUGAAACGCUACAAAUCACGGGGUCCAGAUGACUUACCUCCGGCUCUUUUUAAAGAUGGUGGUGACUUUUUGACUAAGGAAUUGACGACGUUGUUUACAAAGGCUUGAGAACUAGAGAGUGUACCAACGUCAUGGAAUGAGUCGAUAGUUAUCCCUAUCUUUAAAAAGGGUUCACGUCGUUCCUGCAACAACUAUCGGGGGAUAAGUCUACUUCCGAUUGCGUCCAAGCUAUUGGCUUCCGUCAUACUUCGUAGGUUGUUCAAAACCCGAGAAAGAUUGACUCGCGAGGAGCAGGCUGGGUUUCGUUCUGGUCGAGGAUGUAUUGAUCAUAUCUUCACCCUCCGCCAAAUGUUAGAACACCGUCAUACUUAUCAAAGGCCAACAAUCGUAGUGUUUCUUGACAUCAGGGCUGCCUUCGAUUCGUUGGAUAGGACUGUUCUCUGGGAUUGUCUAUUGAAGAAGAGUGUGCCUGAGAAGUUUAUUAACAUCCUAAAAGCCCUAUAUAAAAACACCUCAGGCAGAGUGAGGGCAUAGAACCACCUCUCUCCAUUGUUCCAUUCGAGCAGUGGGUUAAGACAGGGUUGCCCAAUCUCACCAUUCCUCUUCAACUUUGCCAUCGAUGACAUUCUGGAAACAGCUCUGAUGGAUGUGAGUAAUGGUGAUAUGGAUCUGCUGCCUGGUGAGCAGAUAGAAGUAGUCGAGAAGUUCGUGUAUCUAGGUAGCUGCAUAAGUGCUGGUGGUGGUGUGAGUGAUGAGAUCAAUGCACGUAUAGUGGAAGCCAGAGCGGCUUAUACCAAUCUGGGCCACCUUUGGCGCGUUCGUGAUGUCAGUCUGGCUGUAGAAGGUCGGAUCUACAACGUGUCGGUGAGAGCAGUUUUGCUCUAUGCUUAUGAAACCUGGCCUCUUCGAGUUGAGGACGUUAGACGACUCUGUGUUCGAUCAUCGUUGUCUCCGAAGGAUUGCUGACAUCCAGUGGCAACACCAUGUUAGUAAUGCAGAGGUUCGGUAUCGUGUGUUCGGUCACAGAGACGAUAAUGCAAUUGGUGUCACCAUCUUGGAACAACGACUUCUGUGGCUUGGACAUGUUCUACGAAUGUCGUCCCAGAGAAUUCCACAUCGUGCAUUAUUUGCCGACUCUGGGACUUGUUGGAAAAAGCGAGGUAGAGAGGUGGUCAGUGUAUGAGAUGGUGUGGUGGUACGAAAGAAAGCUGCAAGGGCCGGUUUUGGUUGACCCUUCACGACUCCCUGGUUGGGGUCCGAGAGAUGGUGCAACACAGUGGCUAGAGACGUUAUCAGAUAUGGCUCAAAAUAGGAACCAAUGGCGAUCCUGCUGUAACCUUCUUUUACUUUAUUCAUAAAGAAAUGGUUGCUUCUUCCUUAACUGGAAGAUCUCUUCUGAUUGUACCUUUCCGUUUCCCUCAUUAUUAUUAUUAUUAUUAUUAUAUUAUUAUUAUUAUUAUUAUUAUACUACCUUACACUGAUCUGUUAGUUACUUCUCUUUUUUUUUCUCUUCGAAUUCUCAUUGUUUUGUGUGGCGCAUAUAUAUUUGGUGUCCUCUUUUACCAAUAUUUAUGUGUUCAAAUAAAAUAAAUAAUAAAUUUAAUCACUAAAAAUAAUUCACAUUAAUGCUUGUCUGUAAUGUGAACACAAAUACAUUAAUGAAUAUGCAGUACAUGUGACAGGUGAAUAAUUUAAGCGCUUAGUACAAGUGGGCAGUUUGUUAAUGCAAUUUCCAAUUCCAGUGAGUACUACAACUCUAUUAGUUUUCAUAUAAACUUAAAUGGUCAAAAUCUCUUAACGAAAUUUAUUUAAGUACAUUGGCUAUGUGAAAAUCCAGUAGGAUUCAGUGUACAUUGAUUGAUCACAGAGAUAAGAGAUAUCAAUGUGGUUUUUUUGCGUGUAUCUUGAUCCUUAUCAAAUAAUGUUCACAAAAAUCACAUUUUGGGAGAAGUUGGGGACAAUCGACCAUAAAUCCUGGAACUAAACUUCAUACUAAUUAGUCACUCAUCAGUAAAAUGUUUUUAUUAAGUGUAUUAACAUAGGUGAAGUCUAGCUACUGUUGGUAUGCUAUGAGUGGUAAAGUUCGAUUGUAAUGUCGAUCACAUUUCUAAAAUCAAUUUCUUUCAUAUACUUUUUUCAAAUAAAUCUUGCUCUUUGCAAAUGAUGGUUAAAAGUCGUAUAAAAAUAAUUUUUAAGUCAGAAUAAGAAAAGAUGUAUACGUACACAGUCUUGUAACUCAAUAGAAAAUGCCAAUUUACAGCUAAAUGAAUAUCAAUUUAUGAGGUAUAUAUGAUGUGAGUGUAAUAACGUUUCAGUUUUGUGCCAGUUUAACGUUUGACUAUUGUGUACAUAACAGAGAGCUGUUCACGUUUCAUCAUACUCCAAUCCGUUCUCUCUACGAUGAACGUAUCGCCUCUGUUAUAUCUUCGGACCUACUGUGUAUACUUGAAAAACAGGAGUCCCUGUGAUUCCCACAGCUCGAAAUAAAAACACGAAAGAUUGAUGCAAUGAAAAUCUAUUAACAGUUUGGAAUUGUGACGAUUGUUGAAAUCAUGUAUCGAUUACUGUUAGACUACUAUUAAAAACCUGGAAACACUGAACGACCGUUUCGUCUUAGUAUAUGACUUCUCCUUAUCAAUGCAUAUCGACGAUCUCGUACACGGGAUUCGGAUCGAGCACCAUCGGUCACGGUAGUGAACACUGAAUGGUCUAGAGAUGAAGUGUUCGCGCGCGAGUCUGAGAGUGUUGGAUUUGAAUCAUGCAUGGAUAUCGUGUAUGCACACUGAUAAAGAGGAGUCAUAAAGUAGAACGAAACGGUGACCCAAUGAUCCGAGGUUUUCAAUGAUGGUCUAACAUUGAUUGAUUGAUGAUUUGAAUGAGAAUUUCUUGACUCUGGAUAAACAGUUCAUUAGAAGAAGUUGUUGAAAGUGACUUGAUCGUUGAAUGAAAUACAUUGAUUGAUGUAGUGAUUUUACCCAUAUUUGCUGAUGAGUUUACUGAUGCAUCAUAUGAAUGUGAAGAUAAAUGGGUCUAUUGUAAAAUGCAUACAAAGUACACACGAAAUGAUGCGAAGGAUACAAUGAAGGGAAGUUGAUGCCUGUCAUAUGUUGUAUAAAAUUGUCUAUUGAAUAAUGAAUGUAAAAUAUAUUGAUUUGAAAUAAUGUGACAAUGGAUGAUGUAAACCCAAUAUUAUUAUGAUGAGACUAUAAUUUAUGGACGACAUUUUAGCGACGCUGAAGUGACCUUGCGAGUGAACAACUUCUAAUUAGGACUAAAUGAGGGUUAUAAAGCAGUUAGAAUUCUCAUUUACAGUUGAUGGUUAGGGUUUAAAAUUAGAUGUAGGGUUUUCAUCACGAACUGACAUCAGCAAUAAUGCCCAAACUGUAUUUAGGCAAAUGUAUGAAUGAAUUCCGCGCCCACAUUCGUGACUCGUUAUCUUAUAUGUGAUUGGUUCGUCCAUAAAUUAUAGUCUCUCCACUAUUAUUAUUAUAGAGGAGUUUUGUGAAGAAUGUAAUAAUUUAAUAAUUGAGUGCAUGAGAUAAUUGAAUGUAGAUGACCAUAGGAAAUCUGGAAACACUGGAUGGACGUUUGAUCUUAUUAUUGUACUUUUCAACAGUGCACAUCCACUAUUCCGCCUCACGCUAUUCGAACCCAGGACCAAUCAGUCUCGCACACAAAUGCUUAAUGUUUAGAUCACUGAUCAGGCGGGCAUCCAACUGUGUUAUUGUCUAACUUCAACGAAUCGACGAAAUUGCUUCACCAUCUACCAUUUUCAUCAUUGAAUUAGUAUUUUAUAAGAGAGGUGGUUGAACUCUACUGUUCACUGCUUCUCACUAGAACUGCAGGAACUACCUCUUGAAGAUAGUCACUAUUGAGCAAAUGUUGCAGAUUUUCCAUGAUGGUCUAACUUCAACUAACUCAUGAAUUCAAUUAUUAAAUUAUUAUUAUUAUUAUUAUUAUUAUCGUGUUGAUUAGAAUGUCAUAUUGUUAAUGAAUUGCAUAUCAUAAAAUGUUAUUAGUGAGUUAGAGUGUUAAUAUACAUAUGCCUACUCACCUUGUAUCAAUCUGGUACAAUUUUCUAGCAAUUCUUCACAUUAUGCCAAAUCAGCAAUCUUUUAGUCCGGAAAUAAUCGUUUGAUUGAUGACUAAACUUACUCUACAUUUUAAUGUUCUCUUUUAUUUUUUAUUACACAGUGUACCAUUACUCAAAGAUUUAUCACCUAAUCGAAUAUUGCGAAUCGCUGAUGCAUUAGAGGCGCAAUAUCAUUCAGCCGGUGAUUGUAUUAUAAGGCAAGGUGAACUGGCUGAUAGUUUCUUUUUAAUUCAAUCUGGAAAGGUAAAGAAAUUAUAGUGUAUUAGUAUGAAGUUUUGGAAAUUGCUGAAUUUUAUUGAUAACACGGAGCGAUUUAAGUUUUAUAACCAAUAAAAGUCUGUCAGCAGUGGACGGCCAUUUCCCCACAGCAUGGGACUCGGGAGGAGUGAAAAUUCUUGAUGCCGAUAAUAGAGGAUACAACUCAGAACAUUCGGCGUCACGCUGAAACACCUGUCGUGUUUGAAAGAUGCUCAUGGAUUAUUAUUAUUAUUAUUAUUAUUAUUACGAUUUCAUAAAUUCAGUUGGGUUUGUAAUAACCUCUAUCUUAGCUACCUUAAUUCAGUUUCAGUUGGCAUUUAUAGGCGAGGAAUAUUUGAAAUCUUGAGGAAACUAUUACUUGUAGUGCUAUUUGAACUAGCAUCAGCAACUGUCAGAGAUGGUACUACUAAGUGAAAUCCGGACCAGACUUUGUCUUCAUAGCUUUGGGAUUUGUGGGACUGUGCCUCAUGAACCAACGUAGAUGAUUGAUGGUGAUCAAACUAACCCACCACUAUAUCGUUAAUUUGGGAAGUAAUCUAUGAUUAUAUGUCCGUAUAUGAUGUCCAUUUUACAAACCAAACGUACUGGUAUUUAUUCACCAAAUAAAACAUUCAUGCUUAUUUACAUACUGCGGGGUCCAUUAGUCCCAAAUUUGUGUAGUUUUGAUGUUCAUGUAAUAUAUGUUUACCACAAAGGAGUGGAUUCCAUCCUGUCAUCUCAAUAGCGGUAGAUCUAGCAUUGGGUCCCGGGGUUUUGAUAGUCACUCCUCCAUACAAAAAAAUCCUAGCUCGGUUAUGUGCGCCUGUAUGAGUUAAUAAAACAUUUAUCUCAAAGAGCCAAUGGGCUCCUUUAAAAAAGGGUGAUUAACUUUCAUGACUGGAACAGGCACUUUGAAGCUAUUCAGAUGCUGACUGGCAUAUAGAACUGAAAUAUUCACACACUAAAUGUUCCGAAUUUUGACGAUAAUUCUAUAUUCAUCAAAUUGUUUUAGAUCUGGUCAAGUGAAGUGUUGAUUUCACAGUAAAUUAUUUCAGGUGACUAGAAGUGGCGUCCAAUUUUUUUCUAUGUAUAUUUUGUGAUUGAAAAGUGGAGAUGUUACAGUAUAAUGUACUAGGUACUUCUAGUUAAAGAAGGACAUGGUGGAACAUUUUCUAACAAUAAUGUUUAGAUUUGCUUGAGAAUUUUACAGAAUUUAUUAUUUAUUCUAAAGAGGAACAUCACGCUAUCAACCUGCAACAGUUUACAUAUAGUCAUGUUUUCCUAGAAACAGAACUUUCUUCAAAAGUAUAUUUGAAGUCAAUGGUAAAGAUAGUAUAUAGGGUAGAGACAGGUACCUACCUCAGUACACUAGAAAAUGGUCGCGCAAUUUCGUGGAUUGGUUGAGGUUAGACGUUAACACUGUUGGAUGCCUAGUCAGUGGUCUAAAGGUUGAGCGUUCACUCGUGAGACUGAAGGCCCCUGGGUUCGAAUGCCGCUCGCGGGGUCGUGGGUGCGCACUGCUGAUGAGUCCCACAAUAGGACGAAACGGCCGUCCAGUGCUUCCAGGUUUUCAAUAGUGGUCUAACAUCAAUCGGUUCAUGAUCUCAAUUUCCACAACCCCGUAUUGAUAUUUUAACAAUCCAGCAAUUCAACCGUAAUGUCUCUAUACUAAAUCAACAUGUUCAUUUACUCUUUCUGUUGUUGGAUUAAGUCAUUACAUUUUAUCUUCCAUAUUCAAUAUUCUAUUUUCAUUAUUCCCUCAUUAAUUUUUUCCGGAUUAUUAAGUAGUUAUCAUCGUAACAUUAAGCUUUUCGUGUGUCGCGACAAUGGAAUAACAGUGAACCAUCACUUCAAAUUAUCCUUGAAGUUGCACAAACAGUAUCUUAGAUGAUAAAAAGAGUGGAGGUUAAUAUUUAGUGAUAUUGGUUCUCAACCACACGAUCCUUGAAGCCAAACAUACGAUAACUGAGAAGACCUACAUUAAGCACUGAAAACUUGGAAGUCAUAGAUGGUGAAUUCAGGAGGACCUAAUGGAGUCGGCAUGGCUCGGUCACGCAGAUAAAAUCACUCUGUAUAUUUUUAUUCUUUAUGUUAAAUAUAUAAUUCUAUCAGUAAACUUGCUUGUAUACUUCAAUAGUUCUUGCCAAACAGUACCGCCAUCUAUCACUAUAAGGCAAGUCAGGAUGUACAAUUAUGUAACUUCAAAGCAAAAUCAUAUUUCUUAGGUAAUCACAUCAUGGCCACUCAAAUAUAUUAUGCUAGGGCUAUUAGUCUAAUGGCAUAAAUAAGUUAACCAAUAAUGAUUUCAGACCUGAAUUCCAAAAGUAAGUGAUGUCGUAAAGGACGUUUUCCUUGCUAAUCUGUCUUUAAUUAUUUUCUAGUAUGAAUUUUGUUGGAUUUAUAAGUUUGUCGCUUAUUGCUAUUAUAUUGUGCUACACAUACAUUAAGGUUCGAGUCACUAUAUCCUCACCUCAAAAUGGUUCAACCGAAACCAAAGAAACUGAAAUUAGACAAUUAACCAAAGGUGAAUAUUUUGGUGAAAAAGCAUUACUCGGUGAGGGUCGUCGAACAGCAAAUGUUUAUGCUGUUGGUCCUGGUGGUGUUGAAGUAUUAUGUUUAUAUCGAAAAGACUUUUUGGAAUUGAUUGGUGAUAUACAAGAAUUGAAAAAUAAAGAAUAUGCUGAUGAAGAAACACGAUUAUUAGGCCAUAGUUCAUUUUCACAAGAAUCAUCCACUGUUAGUAUAAGCACAAAAGAUACCGGAAAAUUAGAUUUAACUUCAACAAAAAGUCAAGAUGAAUUACAUACAAAAUUCGGUUUAAUUAAUCAACCAUUACUACCGGCUAGUUUAUCAUUACAACCGAAAAUUCAAUGUAAUAUACUAUUGAAAGAGUUAGAACAUAUUUGUGUACUGGGUGUCGGUGGUUUCGGUCGAGUGGAUUUAGUAACAUUAAAAAAUGAUCGAACUCAAGCAUUUGCAUUAAAGCGAUUACAAAAAGCACAUAUUGUACAAACUCGUCAACAAGAACAUGUAUAUUGUGAAAAAUUAAUUCUUUCAUCUGUUUCAUCACCGUUUAUUUGUCGAUUAUUCAAUACAUAUCGUGAUAAUAAAUAUGUAUACAUGUUAUUAGAAGCAUGUUUAGGCGGUGAAUUAUGGACUAUACUUCGUGAUAGGUAAGUUAUUAUUUUCUUAAUAGUAAAUGUGAAAAACAGUAAGAGAUCAACUAUAUCUAUUUUUGUUUGCACUAUUUAUUAGUUGUGAUGUUCCGCUGUUUGUUUUAGCGUUUGAUCAAUUUUUAUUCUUUUUCAUUUUGUUUUGAAAACGUAUUACAGUCUCAUUCUUAUUGAUAUGUAUACUGGAACAGUAGAAGUAGUGCAAGUUAGGUCAGCGGUAAUGAAGGAUGUUAUUCAAAAAGAAAGAAUGGACAACAUUUCUAAAGGAAUUUUGAAGAUAAGAAGUGAAUGCAUUUGCACCAACCAAGUCAAUCAGUGUCCCCAAUCAUUAUUGGUCAUGAUAAUUGCGCCAACCUCGAUCAAUUAUUCUGAACUUAUCAAGAUAGCUAAGACCGACAGUCAUUGUCAACAUAAACUGAUGGCACGUCUUAAUUUGACACUUAUUACCCUGAAGAAGUCCAGACAAGUUAGCUGGACGAAACGUUGGAAUUAGUUAUAUUUCAAUCGCUGAGAAUAUUUCAAAUAUAAUUUUCACAUAUAAUGACUUCUCUAUACUCGGCGCUCAAUUACUGUCAAACUAUUCGUUCUAAUCUUGACGAAUAUUCGUAUAAAAUAUUCUCAAACUAGUCAACAUUAGAGAUCUAGAUGAAAGGUUGUGGGGUUUACCAUAAGGCAUAUCCCAGUCACUUCAGUCGAUAGAGAGUCGCAAUCCUGUUAACCGAUUAGUCUUAUUCAAAGCCUCUAACUAUGGUUUACGAUAAUUUCACGAACUCCAAGCAUUUAGUCUAUACCUAUCCACACAACUCAGUUCAAUAGUCAUUGUCUUCAUAGACUAAUGCCAUAUGUUGUUUUGAACGUCUCUGGCUUUCUUCCAUCCUGCUCCUACAUCAGCCACCAUUGUAUGUCGAGGUAGUGCGUAGAUGGACAUACGUGAUGUAUGUUCUAAUCAUCUCAGUAGAUAAAGAAUCAUAACAUCAUCAGUCGAUUGCCCAUCUGUUAUGGUUUCUCUUAUUACGACCCAACUAUUCCUAUUACUUAGUAUUCUUGGACACCAAUUCACUCGACAAGUCCCCAAAUUAGAACACAGUUGAACAGGAGCGAAAUGUUAUACCAAAUAACAAUGGUAGAUGGAAAUAGGAAGCAUAAUAAGAAAAACGUUAGUAUAUUUAUAAUUUUUACAUAAGAAGAUUCUAGAGUCUUCUCCAAGUAUCGACUAGCUCUGAUUGGCUAAAAAAUAGUCAAUCAGCGUGCCGCAACACAAUCCCUCAAGGAACGUGCUUUAAUCCAAUAUAUAUUCCGCUAACACCAUUCUCACCUAUUACUCUCCAUCUAACCUCACAAUAGCUAACUCAAUGGUCCAAAAAAUGUUUCGAGGUCACCUAUGAUCGAAUACUAAUAGCCUGCAGCAAUUUUUGCGGCAAUUUGGAAGGCUCUCCCGGUGUCCCACAUUGUACGAACAUUUCAUGUACCUAAAUAAAUGAUUGCUCUGGUUGUCAGAAGGAGCAUCAACCUCGUGACUUCCGAAGGAACUCGGGUUUCAUCAUGAGGCGUCAUAACUCUUUUGAAUGAAGACCUUCCAACUCCCAGGACAGAGUUUAAAUGGUUUGAAUAAUUUUUUCUGGUUGGCGUUUUUUUUAGCGACUUAGUUUUCUACGGGAUGGGGUCGCUAACCUCAUGCCCAACCCUCCUCCUUUAUCCGGGCUUGGGACUGGCAGUAAACCCAGAAGGGCUCAUAAAUUAGGUAGAGUUGAUGAUGUGAUGGAUACUUUUUUAAAACAACGCUUCAAACGAAAACAAAGCAUAUACAUAUUCUGAGUGCUGAACUGACAGAUUUACAAUGUUUCAUUAUCAGUAGUAUAUUUUUAAGCCAAAAAACAAAACGAACUUUUUAUUUUUUUGGUACCUUUUAUUUUUACAUAUAUGAGUGAAAUGUUUUUUUUUUUUACCUUGAACAAUGUAGUCAAAAGUUUGUCAAUUAUUUAUAUUAGAGAUUUAGUUUUUUCAAUGCUCUUAUGGAUAGAGCAUUCAGCUUUCAACCAAGUAGGUCACAGGUAUGAAUCUUGUCCUUUUUUGUCGUACUUUAGUUAGGGCAACUAAUUAACAUCACUAGUUAACUGUUAAUGCACGUUCAUUGUAUUUAAUUCAAUAUCAUGUAUUCUAUGUUAUUAUUAAUGAACAUUGAACUGUGAGAAAGAGUAGCUCUUUUUUCUCUUCUGCUUCUUCUCUUUCGAAUAGUCAUCAUCUUGAAGAACGUACAGCAAGAUUUUGUUUGGCAUGUUGUAUUGAAGCAUUGGAUUACUUACAUCGUCAUGGAAUUGUCUAUCGUGAUUUAAAACCAGAGAAUAUGCUGGUUACAUCCAAAGGUUACAUUAAAUUAUGUGAUUUCGGAUUUGCCAAAUACAUUGGAAUUGGUCAAAAAACAUGGACGUUCUGUGGUACACCAGAAUAUGUUGCACCAGAAGUAAUUCUUAAUCAAGGACAUGAUUUCGCUGCAGAUUAUUGGUCGUUAGGUAUUUUAACUUUUGAAUUACUUACAGGCGCGUAAGUACAUAUAUUAUCUUUUUUUUGGUUUAAUUAAUCACUCUGUAUACUAAGAUACCUUUUCAUAUUGAUAAUAGAAUAUAAACUGUUGUUGUGUUGGUUUCGUUUAUAUUCAGGUAACUUUUAGUGACUCUUUAUCUGACUCGAAUAGGAUUGUACGAUGAUUACUAUCGGAUUGUACAUCCUGACUACUCUCGUAUAUAAUCAUCGACUUAAAUAUGGUUAGUGAAUAACGGAAUUAAAUAAGUCAAAUACGAGGAUGGAUUUCAAAUACAUAUAUUUUAUACAAUCAUUGAUCCAGACAGACGAUUAGAAAAAACUAAGCGAAGAAGAGAGAGCGAUGCGGAUCGUAAUGAAGUGUAGUGGAAUUGGUUCACUCGCCUUCUCCACUGAGUGUCAUUUCAUUUUUGCUUUGCUCUCUCCUUUUCACUUCCUCUUCGUCUCCCUGAUUGACUGUCUGGAUCAACGAUUGUAUGAAAUAUACGUAUUCAAACUUGAUUCUCAUGUUUGACUUAUUUAAUUCCGUUAUUCUCUAAUGCGAAUCGAGUUGAUAACGAUAUACGAGGGUAGCUGGGAUGUAUAUUUCGAUAUCAAUCAUUCAUACGAUAUAACUGGAAUCAGAUAUCGGAUAACUAAAAACUUUAAAGAUAAGUGAAUGAAAUGUAACUAGAUAUAAUUGGUUUAACUGGUUCAAUUUAUCUUAUCAAUAAAUUAGUUAGUCGGUAAUAAUCAAUGUAAAACCUAUCGCUUAAAUGUAGAUCUCCAUAAUUUGCCACAUCACAUUAAUAUCGGUAUGAAUAACAGAAAAGUGGAUAUUAUAUUUUUUUUAAAAAACAAGGGAUGAAUCUGUAAGAUAUAAACCAUUCAAUAAUGCUCAAAAUCAGAAUAUCUCGAGGAUGAUAGUGAAUGAAUACAUCUACGCUAAUGUGACUGCACUGGAGUUAUGUAAUCUUAAAAUCUUCAACGGUUCGUCAUGACUACUGUGCAAACUCUGGCCAGGUGGGUAGUUGACAGCUGUCAGUAUGAGUCAGAUCAACAAUCACUUAUUGAUGCCACAUUUUAUUUUGGACUCCUCUGACUUUAUUCCAUUCUACUCCUGUUAGUAUUGUGAGUUAAGGUAAGCUAUGAAUAGGUAUAAGUGACAUAGAGCUUAGCUACUUCAGUCAUUGACAAAUUCAUAUCCACAUCAACUCAUUUAUAGUUUUUAAUUGGUACUUUACACCUAAUAUCAACAUUACUCAUUUUGUGGCUCUAUCAAAUGUAAAGGAUACUUAGAAGACAUAUAUGAUCAAAUUCAAAUUCAUAACAUUAAAUUAAGCAUGAAGUUAACUGUUAUUAUUAUCAUCUGUUGGGGAGUCCCAAAAUAUCCCUUAUCAAAGCCUCUAGAGGCUCAAAAGAAGCCUGAAAAUGUUUUAUCCAAUCAACAUUGAAUAGAAGCUUCUCGAAAAAAUCUAGAUAAAUGAAGGAUUAUGUGUUGCGUUUUAAUUAGAUAAAUACCUGUAUCGUUACUAUGUUUGGUGUGUGUGUGUGUUUCAAAAUAGUUUUACGAGAGCAAUUUUGCAUGAAAUUUCAUAAACACACUCGAGUUCAUUGCACAUAACUAAAUGGGAGUAAAAUGCUUACUUGCAUUUCACACCUUUUUCUCUAUGGUUCAAUUUGAACUGUAGAAGUCAUCUGGAGUUAUAAAAAGUUAGUAAUAAGCGUUCCAGUAGCAGACCCUACCACGUUCUUGAAUAUUAUCAAAAAUGGUGGAAUGAACAAUGAAAUCGAAAACAUUAGAAUAGUUUGUAGCCAAUUGACCUUAGUGACCAAGAUGAUUUAUGUAAAGUCCUUCUUAAUGCAGGUUGAAUUCUAUCGAUCGAAUUUCCAUGUGACCAGUACUAGUCUAAGUGACUUGACACUACAUAUACUACGUUGUAAGUUGGUGGUUGUAGUUGACAGAAAACGCUGCUUUACCUAGAUGUUGUGCUGUUGUUUGGCACUUGUCAGCAAGGUGUAUCUGUAAUCUUAAUAAGACUAAUGCUCCUUAGUGGAUUCGAUCCCGUGUCACAUAGUUUCACUUGAUUGGUAGGGUUCAGUCAGCACUUAGAAGGAUUUAACAUUGACUAGUACUCAGUGAUCUAUCAAUCCUACAGGAGGUCAGACGUGGCCCAAAACGUCCAGUGGUAGCGCUUAUGAUUAUGAAGUCGGGUGACUGGGCAUCAUUUCUCUUGAGAUUACAUCUUUCUGAUGAGUACCAAAUAGCACGAAACCUAGAUGGAGCAUAAUUUCUUGACGACUACUUCCAACCAUUAACUUAAACGAUAAUAAUAGUAAUUGUAAUAAAAACAAGCGAUAAUAAUAAUAAUAAUAAUAAUAAUAAUAAUAAUAAUAUCCAACUCAUAUGAUUAUUGUCACAUUCUUUUAUUACGUUGUUGUAUUGACUUGAAAAUGAUUUUCAUAAGUUAAUCAAGCAGUAUAAAUACACCCAGUAUAUAUUUGUAAUAUGUCCAUGUCUAGGCCCAUUAUGAUUAUGACUGUUAUUUCCGUUAUGAUUAACAGUAUCAGUAAAAGUUUAUCAAUUAAAGUAAUAAGAGUGGGUAUGUUGUCGUGUAACAUAUGAAGAAAACAAACAAGAACAAAAAAAAUAUACAAUCCCUUUGUGUGUUGUUGUUGUUGUUGUUUGUAGUAACCCCUCCCUCUUGUUUUUAUUUAUUACUGUGGUAGUUGAGGGUGUUGGUGCAUGAAUGAACGGGUUAGUUGAGUUUUAAUGGGAAGAUGAUGAUUAAAUAUCAGCAGUCUGGAUAAUAUAUUGCAUAGUGUAACUAUGAUGAACUACAAAUAUCAUAGUUAUAAAUUAUACAAUAUCAGAAUGAUCAAUAUAUAGCUUACAUAUCACGAUGAUACAUUGAUUCGUGCAUCUCUGUUGUAAACUUCCUUGUUUAAUCUUAAAUGGAAAAACAACUACUCAUUCAGUAUUUAUACGUUUUCUCUCGUCAAUAAUAUUGGUUUAUUGAAGAUAUAUUCUAUUCAUAGAAGGUGUAUCAGAUGUGUUCAUAAAAAGGAACUUGGACAAAAUCAAUACUUUGUGGAUAUAGUUGACUACGGGGAUAGGGUGAAUUAUUCAAAUGCUCUAUGUAUUAUGAUCUCUCUUGGGGCACUUUCUAUUGGUCAAUAUUUUGAGAAUUGAUAUUUUUUACAUUUGUGAACAUCUAGUAUUGUCAAAGCAAAUGUAUAAUUGAGAUACAGUAAACCAAUCGAACUUUGAUCUAAUGAUAAGCUCACGCUACUACCUAAGAGAUACAUGCUAUUGAUUGAGCAUGUGGCUUACAGAUAUCUUUUAAUUCGGUUUGACCGAUAAAGUUUUUUACUCUCAAUCUUCUUAUUGAAGUAGCCGGUAGAGCUCGCGCGUAGGAAGCUUGUGUAUGAAUAUCGCAAUAGGACAUCUCACGUCACAAGAUAUUGUCAGCAGUUCUAUCUGAGCUUACCUACUUCUGACGAACUAUAAGAUUAUGAACCGUUGACUAAUCAUUUUUCAGUCUACUCUUUUUAACAAUAUGGAGAUUUUAGUAUUUUCACAUUUGAAAUUACUAGUUGAUCUUAGCUAGACCACCAUUAGAAACCUGGAAGCACUAGUCAACCGUUUCAUUCUGGUAUGACACUCUUCAGCAAUGCGGAUACACGAUCCCACAUGCGGGACUUAAGUCCGGGACUUUCGGUCUUGUGCGUGAACGUAUAUCGCUUAACCACUUCAGACAAUAGAUGAAGACUUGCGCAAGAUCAUGAAUUUAUUGAAGUUAGACAUUACUACCGUUAGAUGCCGACUCAGUUUUCUGGAGGUUUAGCGUUUGCAUGCGAGACCUAAAGUUUUGGGUUCGAAUCCUGCGUAUGGGAUCGUACAUGCACACUGCUGAAGGGUCUCAUACUAAGACGAAUUGAUCUUCUAGUGCUUUCAGGUUUUCAGUGGUGGUCUAGCUUAGAUCGACUCGUGAUGUCAACUGUGAAAAAUACUAUUUUUAAAUUGAUUUCAUUUAAGUUCACGUUUUUCGCACUAUAGCAAUUAUGAUCGGUUUUAUUGAACUGAAAAACCAAUGAGUAAAAUUCUAGAAACAAUGAUAAUUAGUGGAUAUGUACUUUCUGUAACUGAUGAAGUAAUUUCACACAAAAUUUCGAUCAGUAGGGUCGGACGGUGGGGCGUGUUAAGUUUAAAACGACAGAAAACCACUAGCCAACUAACAUUGUGAAACAAAUUCAUCAGUUAACUAUCUCAAAAUAGUAAACCUGUGAAAACCAGUUAUGUAGCCAACAAGAUUAAUUGUCUAUUCAUUAUUUAUCAUAUGAACUAAUGUUGUUUCCCCAAGUAAAAAGGCACCUAUUUUGAAACUUCAGAAUUAAGGAAUCAGUAGAAAUAUUAUUUAUACCAAAAUGAUUAACUUCCAAGAUUCUAACUUAUAAUUAUUCACAAGAAUAGUAUUUGUACUACUGUGUAACAUUAUAGGUGUUGAUAACAAGUCCUAGCAACUAAUUGAAUAGGUUAUAAAUAAUUGAAAUGGGUGAAAUUUCUUCCGUACAUACCAGAUAAACUAAUCAAUUCAUCCAAUCUAUUAUAAUUAAUCUUAGUUUGUUUAACACAUACUCCAUGUAAACUGAAUUGUAUAUUAAAGUUUUGAAAUGUGUUCAUUGAUGUAAGUGAAUUAUUAUUGGUGUUAUUGUUAUGGUUGUAUGAUAGAUAACUCAUUCACGAGGUACUUGGCUUAUGAGUUAUCCUCUAAGUGUUUGGGGACUAUUGAUAUUACUCGGUUGGCUAAACUGAUAAAGUAUUGAGACGGAUUUCGAAUUAAGGCUUUAAUAUAUGAAAGUUGAAUGCUUUAAUUAUCAAACCACUAAACUAGAAAAGGACUACUCUCGUCAAUGAGCAAUUAUUUUUAUCUGUUAAUAUGCGUUCAAUUGAAGAAUGUAUAAAGGUAAUAAUUCCGUUUUUAUCAAUAACAAUCACUUAGAUGAACUAUUUACAUCAAUUUCAGUGACUGAUUGCACAUUUCAUACUUAAACAUUCAUCAUUUGUCUGCUAUAAAUAUAGUCUUUAUUUCAUUUGGUGUUGUUUUACUUGUAUCUUCUCAUUGUUAUUUAGGACUGCAAUUGAUCAGUCUCUUGUUGGUAUAUAUAUGCAUCCUGUGUGGAUUGCCUUGAUAUAGCCUUAAGUCACAAGCUUUUUUAAGCAAAGAUGGAUAGUGACUAGCAGUGAAAUGCAGUUUGAUGCGCGUUUCGUCCUAUUUGGGACUCGUCAACUGAGUGCACCUGCAUCCCAGAUUUGAUGUCUUUAUUAUUUAAUAAUUUGACAUUAAUACUUUUUUUUGUAAAUGGAUUAAGUAAGGAAAAUAAUUUCAUCUUUUUUUAUCCGUCAUAACUAUUGCAUGGAUUCAUCAGUUGAUCAGGAAUUAAGAUCAUGUUUAUCUAGUUCUUAGCAGUGACUCAAUUCUACCAAUCAAGUUGCAAUAUAGCCAAUAGUCAUAUGUAAAUGAUUUAAUAUCACUUAUGUCUUCUGUUUUGAUGCAAAUUUAUGGUCAUAGAGAGAAUUUACAUGGAUCUUUAUUUUAUAUAUGUUUAGUGCUAGUUUGCACUCGUCAAUAAAGAUUGGUUGGAAUUGAUACUUUUUAUAGGAUUCGCGCUCUCGAAAUACACAGUGUUCCAUUGAAAGAUGUCACCUUGGACCAGCUCUGACUGAAAUUAAGCUGUAACAUAUGAUAUCUAUGACCAUAUCGUUUCUAUGUUUAUUAAAUAAGGUAUAUUGAUUAAUUUGUAUGAAUUAUUCAUGUUCAAUCCUUCAAUUUUUUUCUUCCUUCCAUCUGUAUACUCCUCCACACAACCACACACACUCAACAUUUAGUCCACCAUUUCAAGCAUCAGAACCAAUUAAAAUUUAUAUGAAAACAUUGAAGGGUAUCGAUGCUUUGGGUUUGGCACAAAACAAGUAUAUCAGUUUAAAAGCUUUACAAUUUAUUCGACGAUUAUGCCGAUUUAAUCCAUCCGAAAGACUAGGUGUUGGUAAAUACGGAAUUCAAGAAAUACGUAGUCACAAAUAUUUUCAAGGAUUUGAUUGGGCUGGUAUAGUUAAACAAACACUGACUACUCCAUUCAGAGUUAAAUUGAAUGGACCAUUGGAUCAUUCGAAUUUCGAUCGUUUCACAAUGGAUGAACAAGAAGCUCCAGAUGAAUUAUCAGGAUGGGAUGCAAAUUUUUAAAAUUCAUUCAUAAAUACGUACAUACCUGUGCAUGUACAUCUACAGACACACACACAUAUACACGCUGACAUUCAUCUCGUCUUUCUUCUGUUUAUAAUUUGUUGAAAGCCAGAAAGGACCAAUGAAUGCAUGAAUGAAGUGAUGAAUGAUUGCAGUACUGAAUACAACUGUACAAUUAUCUUAAAUUAUCUUCUUAUCUCUCUAUCUCUUUUUCUUUCUUUCUCUCUCUCUCUCUCUCUCUUUCUUUCUUUCUUUCUUUCUUUCUCUCUCUCUCUCUCUCUCUCUCUCUCUCUCUCUUAUCAAUACUGUUAUUUUGAUCAAAUGAUACUGUAGAUUAGUCUGUAUUUAAUGUGUGUGUAUGUUGAGUUUUUUUUUUUACUAGAUGGUCAACGUAUAAUACUUAUCAUUUAAGCUUGAUGCGAUCCAUUUCCCCUUUUCUCUCUCUCUCUCUCUCUCUCUCUCUCUCUCUCUCUCUCUCUCUCUCUCUCUCUCUCUGUAAUUAUUUUCUGACAUGAAUUUUCAAGUAUCGAAUCGAAUCCGUUACCAAUAUAGACUGUAAAUUCUUGAGUAUCUUCUAUUACAUGUAUUUAUGUGUAGGUCUAUAAGAACUAUGCCUUAGUUUGCGUGUGUGUGUGUGUGUGCAUGCGUCGUGUCUGUUUUCUUUUUUUUGUUGUUGUUGGUCGACAUGUCUGUAUGUCUACUUUUUUUUGUUUUUUUUUAUUAUCUAACAAUUUCAUGGAAAUAAGAAGAGAGUUAUUUGUUUUAUUUAUUCAUUUCUAAAAAAAUUAUUUACAUUACAUUACUGAUUUCGGAGUUUUAUUAAUUCAAUUGUUCAUGAAUAUUGAAUAUAGAAUAGCAACAAGAAAAGAAAGUGUGAUAAGUGGAUUUAUUCAGAGAGAUACUAAAUAAAUUGACCCCCCUUCCUCUUCCCCCCCAUAAAAGAUACAAUUGUUUAUACUUCUCUUUUAUUGUUUUUAUCAAUCAGUUAUUUCAACUGAUUCCUGUUGUCAUCAUCAUCAUCGUCGUCGUCCUUAUUUUCAGAAUAUAUAUUUUUCUUUCUUGUUAUACAACACAAAAUAGAUGAUUACUAUAAUGUUGAAAAUAUGUGCCUCAUUGUUGAUGUCUUCUUCCGCUUCCCUUCUUGAUUUUCUCUGUUUUUCUUUUGUUUACUUCUUUGUUUUCAAUUCUAUUCUAAGGUGAAAUAAUACUGCUGUUUUGAUCACUGCUGACUUGUGUUUACAUGAUACGUAUACACACAAACACACAUAUACCUUUCUUUUUUUUUAUAAAAAAAAUGAAGAGCUUAUUCAUAUUUAUCUAUUUUCUUUUGUAUGUGUGUGUGUGUACAUAACAUUGUUUACAACACAAGAACGAAACAUGAGAUGAUGACUGAUUAUAGUUGACGGUUACGAUUUUAUUAUUCGACGAGAAUGUAGAUCAUUAUCAUUGUGAUUGGAAUAUAACAAGACAUGGAAUAAAACAUGAUUACCAUUAAUGCUCUGGGUUUCCUUAUUCUUAUUGAUCAUAUAUAUAUAUAUAGUGUAUACAUAGAGGAAGGGAGUGAUUUUUCACAAUUUUAAACAUGAAAUUAACAAAGUAGAAUAAUUCUUCUCACUAAUCAUUCAUAUCGAUGCUAUUGUAUACUUCUAUCUGGCUAUAUCAUUAUAUAAGUUACAUUCAGAUUUUCCUAUUUUGUUCUUGAAUAUAUUUUUCUUUUGUGAAACCCUGAUACAGGUAAGUAGAUAGAUAGGUAGGUAAAUAGACAUGUUUAUACAUAUGCAUGCAUGAAUGCCUCCGGAAUCGAUUCUGUCGUUUCAAUUUCCUCUCUCUCUCUCUCUCUCUCUCUCUCUCUCUCUCUCUGUAUGUGUAUGACAUAACAAAACAGAUGUAAAACAAGCGGAAUAAAAUAUACAAAAAGAUUUCGAUUAUUCCAUUGGAAUGAUUGAUAAUGAUAAUGUUUGUUCAUCAGAUGUGUUUGAAUGAUUUGUAUAAACUCAAUUAUCUCAACAAUAUCAUCUUUCCUAUUAUGUUUUGUUGGUGUUGUUACUGCUGUGUAUUUAUUAUUAUUUUUUCUAAAUUAUUUAUAGCGAUGAUGGUCUGUGUAGGGAGUUUUCAUGAACUCCCUGAACCUGUUAACAUAACUACUGUGAAAAAAAGAAUCAUUCAGUGGUUACUUGUUUCAUGAAGUAUGUCGCUUUAUUAGUUGGAUGCUCUUUUAUCUGCGUUGAUUUUUUCCCUAUUCGCCUUCUUUUUUGUUUGUUUGUUUGUUAACAAUUCACUUUACAUUGGAUUUGAUUAGUGUUAUUAUUGUUAUUGGUGUGUUAAUAGUUUCUUUUGGUCAUCGAUUUAUUCAAGUGAUUCAAUACUACUACUACUACUGCUGUUUUGUUAGUAGUAAUUAACGUUCUGCUGUUAUAACUUUUAAUUAAAUGAUGUGUGUUGUAUAUUCAAAUUUUAAUCGAUUCUUUUUCCUCUUUUUCUCCUUUUCGAACUAACUAUCAUCUUGUUCACUAAUGUUUACACAGUUUUGUUGUUGUUGUUGUGUACUUCUAUUUUUCAUUCUAAUUACAGGAGGUGAAUGGGAACAAUGAAGUAUGUGAUGAACCCUCUUGUUUGUUUUUUUUACUCAGUUUUCUUUUUUCAACUGUUUUUAAUUUUUUCUAAAAAAUUUUUUCUUUAUUCAUUUACAUGAGAGGAUUGAACAUGAUGUCCCUAGUUUAUUCACUCAUUCACUUCAUUAACUCUCUUUCUGUGUAUUUGGAUAAAAAUUCAAUAAUCCUAUUUCAUCAUUCAUACUAUAAAGAGGUAAUGACAUCUUGUCAUCAUAUAAAUAAAAUUAAUAAUAAAUAGUGGAAUAAUUAAUUAUGAAUAAAUAAAAUUAAUACAGUUUUGUUUUACAAUUUAUGAUAGUUGUUUAUGUUAUACAUUGUGGCUAUGGUACCCCUAUUAAGAUAUGAUGUAAUGAUACCGACAAUUAGAGAACACUGAAUUAUCGACCGGAUCAAUGAUGCAUAAAACCUGUACGAACAGUCUGGAAUCCUUAUCAGUUCUUCUUCUUGCCUAGCCCUGACUGCCUGUAGAGUCCAGAACACCAAUCUCAGCCUCUGCGAUAGGAAUCAUGUAUGCCAAAAAUACUGGGGUUUGUAUACUAACCAAACAGAUCACAUCGUACCAUAAAAUAGAAAAUACACAUUUAUACAAGAUCUAGCCAUAAGUGGCUGUCAGUGCGGAAGACUGUAAUUAAUAGACUGGGUAUAACUAAAGAUUGGUAAAUGAUAUAAUACUAUCCACUUGGUAUCGUUUGGCUUGUAUCUUCCCAUUGAGGUUUAAGACUGCAAUUGAUUAGUCAAACAAUACCAAGUGGAUUUAAAUUCACCCCAUUGCAUAAGCAAGUGGCUAUCAAGACUCAGUAGCUGAGUGGAUAACGCGAUGGCGUUUCAGGCGAAUGGUACUGGGUUCGAGUCCAAGGGUGAACACCAACUCUGAGAUGCAGGUACAUCCAGCUGAUGAGUCCCAAAUAGGAUGAAACGCAUAUCCUGGAUUCCACUGCUAGCCACUAUCCAUCAUUGCUUACAAAAUGGUAUAAUAAUAGUUCAUAGGUCAAAAUAAAGCUUAUGAUAAGAGGAACACGAAUAUGAAUAGUUUAGUCAUUUAACAAUUAUACAAUAGAAAUGUACGCAUAGUAUUAGUCGAUAAAUGGAUCCCAAAAGUUACCAUUCAUUAUUCUCAUCGGGAUAUAACAGUUUAUUCGGUACAAUAUUGAAGCUAGAUGUUUAAAGGUUAGGUUAAUCGUUUGGCUACGAAAUCGACCAGAGUUCCCGAGUUCGAUCUCUGUUGGUGUUGUAGUUAUGCGUUUUUGAAGCGUCUCAUAUUAGCGCGAAACAGUCUUCCGAUAUUUUGUGAUUUUUAUUGAUUGUUAAAUUAAGAUCAUUUCAUUAUGUAAACAUUUUCAAUAGUAAUAAGGAUAAAUUGAGAUGAUUAUAAAAACUUUUGAACAAAUCGUUUCAUCAUAAUUGAGCGCUGAGUUAGUAUAAAAGAUUGAAAAGCAAACUAUAUUUGUAAAAAUCAAAAUAACUCCAGUGUUUCACUUGGGAUUCAGAUUCAAUCUUUAGCAAAAUAACCAAACAUUUAAAUGAUCGAAUAUAAACAGAAUUUGAUAGUUGAAUUCAUGAGACAAUUGAAGCUAGAUCACCAUGGAAAAUCUGGAAGCACUGAACAGCCGUUUCGUCGUAGUUUGGGAAUCGUCAUUGACAGUGCACAUCCACAAUCCCGCCUCGCGAGAUUCGAUCACGGGACCUAUCGGUCUCGCGCACGCGAGCGCCUAACCACUAGACCAUUGAAUCAGCUUCUAACUGUGUUAAUGUCUAACUUCAACUAAUCCACGAAAUUGAGCGACACAUCCACCAUUGUCAUCAGUGAGUGAGUUACUAUCUCAUAACAGACCUGGUUGAACUCCAUUGGUCACUGCUUCUCAAUAAAAUUCCAUGAACUACCUGUUGGAAACCGUCACUAGUGAGCAUAUGUUGACUAAUAUCAGAAGGGGAUUUUGUGGAUAUUAUAGUAAUUUUAAUAGUUGACAUCAUGAGUCAAUUGUAGAUAGACCACCAUGGAAUACCUGAAAGCGCAACCAUAAACUGUGCAUGAAAUAAAUUGUCCAAUCAUAUUGGUAAUGUCAUUUGAUGUAAAAUGUGCAGAUAUUACGGUAAGAUAAAAAGUAUCUCUACUUCUUUGAAGAUCUGAUGUGUGGCGAAUCACUGAUAAUAUAUAUAGGUUCACUGAUGAAAUUAUACUUUCUAACAGGUUCUAAAUCAAGUUUGUCACAGCCUACAUAAAAAAUGAGAAUACAUCAGUACUAAUUUGUGUUGUGUUAAACGUGUUAACUGUUCAUUGCAUAACAUUUAAUCUGUGAACGCUAUUUGUGUUCCAUAAUUUUGACAUUUGGUGAAGAAACUUGAAUAACAAUGCCGAGCGGAGUGUCGAAGUUAUCUUAAUAAUACAAUCAGUGCCUGAUUUAAUUCUCCCACUAGUUUAGAUACUCUAUCGAUAUUUUAUAUACAAACUGGAUCAUGCUAUAUUAGAUACACAAUUCUCAACCAAAAAUAAGUAACCAGCGUAUAGGCUAGACAAUACUUUAUUCAACAGAAUUACGAGUAGUCUACACAGUGAAUUCAGAGUAGAAAUCAAUAGUGGGAAGGAAAUCAUAUUAAACAGUCAGUAAACUAAGUGUCGGUUUGUCCAUGCUCAGUGGCUAAUUAAAUCUUAGCAACAUAUCACUCUUUAAUGCCUUUUUAGACAUAACUGUGUUCUCUAUUGAUCGACAAAGGAAACCUGAUUACUUUUUAUCAUAACGCUCAUUUUUCUUCGUCUUUACGAAUGAAACGUUAAUUCGCCAUAGACGAAUAUCUACACCAUAUUCCCUCCUAGUGUCUAUUCUACAGCACUUCAACACAACUCAGAUUAAGAGCACAUGAUUAGCCUGACUUUUCACACCAAAAGCCAACAACAACCCGACACAAUCAAUAAUAGUAAUAAGGAUAGGAGAAUAUAUAACUAAGCAAACAACCAAGCAUUAUCAUUCUCUCGCCUACACAUCACCUCCCUCGCGAAGUUUAUUCAUAUGACUUCACUUUUGGGUUUAUUUGAAAAAAAACCCUCGUUCGUUUCCAUUCAGUUGAUGAUCUUCGGAUAGCUUCUGAUUUUUAGCUCAUUUCAACUUGUGGUGGUGGUGAAAUAACAGAUGUAUUACAUAAUAUUUCCAUUGGCAAAGGUUUGGUUUUUUAGACAACUCACUAACAUAUUUUCUACCUUUCAGUUGAUUUAUAUGUCUGAUAAUUAGUGUAUUUUCAACCGUCACUUUAUACAAUACCUUCCCACGUUUUUUUUUGUUUUUAAUACACCUAAGUAUCUAUUUUGGUUUUCCUGGCUAGAAAUCAUGUGCAUAAACUAAGUCACCUGCUUCAAAAUUCUAGAAUUUUCAGAAAAUUCCCUUAUUUUUUUGGUAAUCUAUAGGGUUUAAAACAUAGAAAAACGUCCUAAUUUGUCGGCGAAAUAUUAUUUCAAUUGAGUGAUAUUCCAUUUUGAUAUUUUGAACUAGGUGUAAUUCUAUAAGAAACUGUUGCAGAGUUUUUUCUAGGUUAUCUUCUUCUUCCAUCUUUAAGAGAGUUCGCUUAAGAAUGUCAACAAAUUUUUUUACUUGCCUAUUUGAUUGAGGUUGAUACAUUGAGGUUAUAUCCUGUUCAAUUUCAUUUUGUUUACAGAAAUCUGCAAACUCUGACAAUGUAAAUUGUGUUUCAUUUCCUGAAACCAAAACAUUAGGUGUUCCAAACCUAUCAAAUAGUUGUCUGAGACGUAUCAGCGUUUCAGAUGUAGACAUUCUUCGUGCAGGCCAUGCAGAGUAUGAAUCUACCACCACCAAAAAAAUAUUGUCUGUUUAUUGGUCCAGUGUAAUCGAUGUGUACUCGGACCCAAGGCUUAUUCGUCUCUGGCCAUAGAUGGGUUUCUACUUUCGGUGUAUUCAACCAAUUCAACCUAUCUAAUCAAUACCUAAUAAGUUGGUAUGAUAGUUCCCAGAAGUAUAACAUUUGUCAGUGUUAUUCUUAUCACCCAAUGUGAGAGGUAGCUGCAUUUCUCCAAGAGGAGUAAUAUUGGUUCCUGUGGCACGCUUAGCAUUAUAAUAUGUUGGUUGGAUUUGAGGUCGACCAAGUUUUAUCCAAUUUUCCCUAGAAAUUAAUGUUGUAGCAGACCCCGUAUGAACUUACAGUUUAACGGGUUUACCACUAAUAAAGACAAAUACGUACUUCCUUUUAGAUGAGAAUUGAGCACUUUUUGUGGUUAUAACGACAUUUGAGUUAUAUGGUAUCUCUUUUGAUGUCCGCGUCUUGUUUCCCCUACGGAACUUAUGCUGACGGUCGAUUUGAUCCUACAACAUACUUGAGCAUGGCCAUAUCUACCACAUUGAAAACAAACUCUUUUUUCAAAAUAGCAAACAUUAGCAGAAUGAUACUCACCGCAUCGCCAACAAGACGUUUGGCGUUUCACUUGAUUUAGGAUUCUCUGGGAGAACAUACCCUUAUUCCCAUUAAAAGAUUCCCGCAAAGCACUAACUUCCACGUGUUCACUGUUCCUUUCUACGAGGUUUGUAUCACACUUUAAAUGCAACAUUCUUCAACAUUCCUCAAAUACGGAUUGCGGACUGAUAUUGGAAUGUUUUUCGUUUCUCGCUAAAAUCUGUGUUCUGAUGUCUGCAUCUACUGAAGAUUGUAACCUACAGACAAAAAUAAGGCAUUUAAACUUAUCUGAGGACAUUUUCUGUAGCCGGGACUGCUCCUAAUCCCGGAUCACGGUGCUUGCAUACGUCGUAUAAUCAUCCUGUGUUUUUCUUUUACCAGCUGCAGACAGUGGUAUUUAGUGUGAAAAAUUGAUGAUUGUUCCCCAGAUAUACGUAUCAGGCAGUGUACUGUUUUUCUGAAGGUUAUGGUGGCUGGCUUCUUUGGGAUAAUAAAAUUACAGAACUUUUCAUGUUCAGAAACUUCGAGCUUUUGUAGUAAUAAUCUUAGUUUACAACCUUUGUUCCACUUUUUACAAUCAUCAACACACAAAUCCUUAUGGCGCUUAAACCACGCCUCAAAAGUAAUCCCACUUUCUGGAUCAAAUCUAAAUUCAUUUAUCAAAUUCUCAAUAGAAUCCGAAGUCAUAGAUACCUGAGUUUUUGAGGACAAUGACAUAUUCCUAACCAACAAUUCAACAAAAGCAUUAUUCCGUUGUAAUAAAGAUUUCAGAUCAUUAAUUUUAUUGUUAUAAAAUCCAUAUAUAGGCGUAGAUCCGUCUUAACCACCGUCACCACUAUUAUAACUUGUAUCAACAAAGUCUGGUAAUGCUCACAAAUUAAAAUGUUACAACUAGUGUUGACAGUUUCAAACUCCGAUUAUGUAUAUACUUCACAAUCGAUUGAUCACGGGGUGGUGAUCAAUGUCACGUGUGUCAAGUCCUUCAUAUUGCAGAUCGAAUUCUCUCGAUCAAGUUGUCAUUUGGCCACUAGUCUAGGUGACUCGACAUUGCGUGCGCUAUAUUGAGAUAGAGUGAUGGUUGGCAAUAGUCAACAGGAAAUCCUGGACCCGGGUUUCGUGCUAUUUAACACUCGUCAGCAAGGGAACUGAUGCUCCCUGACGGACCCGAUCCCGUGUCACCCAGCUUCACAGUCAGAGACGUUACCAGUUCUCUCAAGAUUACAAGUACACCUUGUCGACGAGUGCCAUAUAGCACGAAACACGGGUCCAGGGUUUCCUGCUGACUACCUCCAACCACCAUUCUAUGUAUAUACUUCGUUAGAAAAAAAACAGGAUUUGUGUUAUUUCAAAAGUUUAACACUUAAAAAUAGGCAUUAAAAACAUGGUUAGUUCGUAAUUUUCCACGGAACUAACUUGGACUUAGUAAAUACAAUAUGGAUAGACAAGAUAUGUAACUACAAGUUGAUUAUAUUUAUGAUAUGAAUCUAACACUAAGAUUUUUAAGAUAGGUUUCAUUCUAUUUCGGACUCGUCUAUCACAUAUACACGUGAAUAUCACUUUGCAAUACAGUUGUAUCCAGUUGACAACCGUCUUAGACUUCACUAUUAAUCAAUAUCUAAAAUAAUAAUAAUAACGAUAAUAAUCAUUACAGCUCAUUCGUAUUGGUUGUUUGAAUUUUCCCAUUGAUGUAUAAAUCUACAAUUGACUAGUCUCUUUUACCAUAUAAACAUCAUUUGCGGAUCAUCUCGAUAUUCUUGCCAUUAAAAUACAAGUAUUAUAAGCAGAGAUGACUAGUAGCUAGUAAUGGAAUCCAAGAUGCUCGUUUCAUCCUGCUUGGAACUCAUCAGCUGGAUAUACUUACUAGUAGGAAAAAACGCAUGUUCUCAAUUUCCCUGCUAGCCAUUAUCGAUUUCUGUUAAUAAUUAAAUAUUAUUAUUAUAAUCAGAGAGGGGUUUUGUGGAUAUUAUAGUAAGUUAAUAGUUGAAUUUAUGAGUCAAUUGAAACCAAACCAUCAUGGAAAAUCUGGAAACAUUGAAUGACCAUCUUGCACUAGUAUGGGACUCCUCCCUGGCAGUGCACGAUCCCGCCCUGCGAGAUUAGAACACAGCACCUAUUGGUCUCGCGCACAAUCGCUUAAACUCUAGACCAUUGAGUCAGCAACCAACAGUGUUAAUGUCUAACUUCAACCAAUUCACGAAAUUGCACCAGCGUCCACCAUUGUCAUCAGUGAGUUACUAUCUCAAAACAGAUCCGGUUGAACUCGAUUGGUCACAGCUUCUCACUAGAACUCUAUGAACUACCUCAUGGAGACCGUCACUAGUGAGGAUAUGAUGAUUAUAAUCAAAGAGGGGUUUUGUGGAUGUUAUAUUAUUAUUCUUAUUGUCCAACUCUACUCUCAGUAUACAAUAAAUAAUAGUGAAGAGAAAUUUUUGCCUUUAGGGAAAUAACGUUUCCCCCCUCCGUGAUUUAACCAGGAAGAAUGUAAGAAAAUCUAUAUUUUUAUAGUGUGAAUAAUGAACUGUCUUUCAAUACAUUUUACAUAUCAUUAUUAUUAUUAUUAUUAUUAUUAUUAAAUUAUUCGAAAAAAAUGAGAUAGAUGAUUGAAAUGAAAUUUGGUAACUGUCAGUCUAUCAAUUGACUACUAUAAUGUCCACAAAAGCCCCUUCUAAUACUAAUCAACAUAUGCUCAUUAGUGACGGUCUCCAAGGGGUAUUUCUUGGAGUUCCAGUGAAAAGCCGUGACCAGUGUAGUUCAACCGGAUCUUCUGUGAGAUAAUAACUCAUUGAAGACAACGGUGGUUGUGUCACUAAAUUUCGUGGAUUAGUUGAAGUUAGACAUUAACACUGUUGGAUACCGGCCGGCUCAGUUGUCUAGAGUUUAAGCGUUUGCGUGGGAGACCAAUAGGUCCUGUGUUCGAAUCCAGCGAGGCGGGAUCAUGGAUGCGCACUGCCAAAGAGGAGUCUCAGAAUAGAACGAAAUACACCGUCUAGUGCUUUCAAGUUUCCCAUGGUGAUCUAAUUUCAGUUGACUCAUGAUCUCAACUAUUAAAUGAUUACUAUAAUAUCCAAAAAACUCCUUUUAAUAUCAAUUAAUUAUCAUCUAUGUAGGACUUGAUUCGAUUGGCCAUAACAUGAAUAUAAGAAAACAAAAAAAAACAUCGAAAUAAUGUAGUAGCAGUGGUGACAGCAAGACUGAACAUUGGAAAUAUGGUUCUAAAAAAUAGGGUGGAGAGGUCUCUUUUUGUUGAAAAUUGAAAUUAGGUUUACAAUUAGAGUUAUAGAUCAAAUAUAUUAUGCAGAUCUCGUGGAGGACGUCGGCAACAUUUGUUUUUUUGAGGGGGGAAUGAUUAUGAGUGGUAGUCCAAUUGACAACUGCUAAUCAGGAUGAAAUUCAUAUCCUGAAUGCUAUUGCUAGCCACCAUCUAUCUCUGCUUAUAGCAGUGGUAACUGAAGUCAAUGACUAGUUUAGGAGUUUUUGUGUAUGUUUUGUUUCUAAAAAUUAGAAAAUACUCACAAGUUAACUAGAUAUUCGACAGAAAUUUUGUUGUAAUCUUUUACAAUCAUCAGAUAUAUGAUGUUGAGUAAGGUGAG